UCUCUCUGCAGGUUGAAUCUGUUGCCCCUAUUUCCUGUCACAUGGGCUGGAAAUCGGAUCCCUGCUUUCUACUAUCUGUUCCCGUCGCUGUUGGUGUCAGUGUGGUAGUGGCUGUGGGACCUUCCUUGAAGUUCAGGGACUUUUAACGCCGGCCAAAGAGCGACUCCUGCACAGACCCGGACAGGCAGGCAGGCAGGCAGGCAGUCACUCAGUGAGCCAGCAGCCCGCCGGUCUGCGCAUCUGUCCGCGAGGCUGCACUUCACCUGAGAGCCAGUCCAGACUCUUUAAGCACACCAUGGACUCCUGGACAGUCUCCUCUGCACUUCUUCUCGCUGGGGUUAUUUCUUCUGCGGCUUUUAGUCAUUUCGACACCGGUAAGAGAAACUUUUCUGCUCGCCUUUCUUCUUUGGAUCUAUCCCGAGAAAUCCGCGUCGUGGGAAGCGUCUCCAAAGUUGCUCUCCGGUGCACCAGACACGCAGUUAUCCCUCCUGAAAUUGCGCAAAAACACAGGAGAGACACUUGAUUUGGCUGUUUUAGCGAUACUUUACUACCUGGCAUCGAUCAUGUCACAGAUUGCAGCCGCUGUAACUUCAUUCAUAGUUCGUCGCUUUGGUCCGAGUCCCACUCCGGCUCUGUUUCUCAAACAUCAUGACGUCUUUCUUUGGGAUGUUCCCAGAAGAGAGCAACCGCAAAAACAGACUUUGACACUGUUUAUUUGUUCCGUUGUGACUUAUAAGAAUAGAUAAUGUGCUGUGAGUGGAGUAUGAAGUGUGGCUUUAGUGUAACAUCCACACCUACAGGUCAAACACUCGCCGUACAAACCGUAUCCAAUAGUGCACCCAGACUUGCAGGACCGAUUUGUAGUGGAUAUAACUCUAAAAAGAAAUGCUCAGAAAUCACAUGGCAGUGCUUUCACAGUGAUCUGAAAGCGUCGCUCCGGUUUAAUAAGAAAACAAGGAGCUUUGUAACCCAAACCUGCACGCAGCUUUACGCACUCGUCUCUCCUCUGCGCGUCUGGUCCUGGCGUGUUUACCUGUUCUGCAUCGGCUGCUUUACAUUCACGUCGUCAUGAUUGAUCACCUUUGAACAGUCAUGGCUGAACAGCUCUUAUUUUUCUCUAUCUUGAUUGAGAUGUGACUUUUGGCUGCUGUGCAUUUCUGGUUGUCGUAUGUGCAAGCGAACCAGAAAUAAUAUUAAAAAAAAAGAUCAGCUCCCCCCGAAAUGAACCCAAACCCCUCAGAUCAAAUCAGUCAUCUGAUAUCAUCCGUUUAAUUUGCCAUCGAGUUCAGACUAAUGCGCAGAGUUACGCUUUUCUCUAUCUGCUGAACUUCAAAGUUACACGCGUUCAAAGCUGCGUUCAAAGGCACGAUUUGGUUUGAAUGUGAAUAUCUAAUAAUGAUGACCACACUAACCAGGCUUCUCCUCGCUGUAAUUUGCCCAGCGUUUCAUGUCGGAGCAGCAAAUCCCCAUGCUUUCCUUUUUAAUUUUUUUGUCUCUUAAUUAUACCCUCCGAUUUCAAAUUAGAGGGUCCAACAUCUGGGCUAGUACGUAAGUGCUCCCAUGUGUACCUAUGUAUUAACAAAGUAUUUAAAGCAAUGGUAUUCCCCCUCAUAACACUGGGGAGAAGAAAGGCCAAGUUUAUGUUUAGUUGAAGUCAGCUGUGCCAUAUUUACUGUACAGUAAAACAAUAAUUUCAUUUUCAAGAAGGCAGUCUCUGGCUGUGAUGGCACAGUAGGACUGUUGGAUGCCCUCUUUGCGCUGUUUGCUUCUUGAUUGGACUGGGCACACCAAACUUUAGUCUAAAGAUAACCUACAUCCAAAAGUUAAAAAUCAGCAGUAAAACCGUCUGAGUUUGCAGUAAAAUCUCUGCAGUUAGUCCAGAGUUUCUCAGGGCUUAUGGUUCAUUUUCCUUGCAGCUUUGGGUCAUUUAUUUAACAGCUUAUAUUUGAUGAAUAUGAGCAUUUGGCACAGGCAUUUGAAGUUUAGGGGAGCUAAUUUAUUCUUUUUUUUUGUGAGGAAAUGAUGUUAUGUUCAUAGACAUCAUAACAAAUGCCUUAAUUGGAGCUCCUUGGUGUUUGAUUCUCCUCAAUUUAGUCAAGUCUAGGAGCCGUUGUACACCUCUGUUUUUGACUCUUCACAUCUUUUCUUCUAUCAAUCAAUCAAUCAAAUCAAAUUUUAUUUAUAUCGCACCAAUUCACAACAGGCGUCAUCCCAAUAUGCUUUACAAAGAAAAAGAGCAGGUCCAGGCCAUACUCAUUUUCUUUCAUAAUGUACUCUAAAGACAGCAAUGACCAACAUUUCCUACCCUCUACUCCCUGUUUAAUCGAUUGCCACCCUCUCUCUCAAUGUGUUUUCACAUCCUAGUUUACUCUACUACGAGCAGAGUCGAUGAGGCUAACUUUAGGUGACACUGCGCUCCUCUGCAUUGAUGAAAAAGCAGGUGCCAGAGGCAAAAGGGGCCCCCCGAAGCCAAACGAGCCGGCCCCCUCAGGUUCAAAGAAACAAGAACAGUAAAAAAAAAGACUCCUGGGUCAUAUUGAGUGACAGUAAUUGCCUCCUAUGGGUUACUUUCUGCUAAAUUUCCCCAUAAAUUCGGCAUCUUACCGGCACAUAUAUUUUCUGGACAGGGAAAAAUGUCCAUCAGGAAAACUCGGGGUCUGUGUGGGAGAACACAAGUGGGUGAGAUCUCGCCAUACAGGACUCUGACUUCUCUGACAACAGUUGGAUUCUCUGUAAACUGCCAGAGCCAGGUCAUGCUGCAGCUGAUUGAUGUGAAAGCCAGCCGUUGUUGCUUUUGUGGCAGAGUGCUUUAAACACUCAAACAGGAGUGUUUUUAUUGUCCAUGGGUUUCAUUGGUAGACUGCAGCUUUUCAUCCUGCAGAGGUGUGUCAACAGAAAAACUGUUUUCUUUUUCUACUGAGCGGUAGUCAUGCGCUUCGCAGUGUACUAACACACCUAUACUCACCUUGCAGCUAUAACACUAAUGCUGGUGCAAAAUGUUUUACUACAAGAGCAUAAUUCUUGUUGCAAGAGGCUGUAUUUAACUUUGUGUUACACUUCAUCUGCUGUGGAAUAUACAUUAUCCAUUGUGCAGGAUACAAUACACAUCAUCUGCUAUGUUAUUUUGUUUACUGUAAAAUAUGACAACCUAAUGUACAAUAGUAAACAUUAUUGACCACAUUAUGUACAAUGCUGAAUACAAUGUAACUGGAUAUACUGCAUAUUAUCUACAGUCUAUUCAUUUUCAUCUCUGUAGUAAACAUAAUUUACUGCCAUAUAACAUGCCUUAGAUGUAACACACAGUGCAGAUUACCAGAUCUGUCAUGGAGCAUUUCUUAUGGUGUAACAUGCAUUACCUACAAUGAAAUAUGAAUUACACUGAACUACAUAGAUCUGAAAAAAUACAAUACUUCCUGGGUAAUGCACUGUGCAAUAUACAUUUUCUACUGUGCACAGUGUACAUUAUCUUCUGUGCAAUAUGCAUUGUAAAAUACUGUACAUACAUUAUGCAGUAUAAACUAAUACAAUCCUUACUGAAUGAUCUACAUUUUCUACUUUGCAAUAUGCAUUUUCUACCACGCCUUAUACAUUAUCUACUGUGCAAUAUGCUUUUUUAAAUACAGACAUUAUCCACUUUGAAUAAUACAUUAGUCACUGAGCAAAAUACAUUAACCUCUGUACAGAUUACAUUAUUUACAAAGCUAUACACAUUGUAUACUUUACUGUUUCAUGUGCAUUUCUCCCAGUAUAACAUACAUUGUCAAAUGUGCAUUAUAAAUUAACUUUUGUCCAAUUUGCAGUAUGAACUUGCAGUACCUUAUCUAUUAUUAAAAAAUACAUUAUCUGCUUUUGGGUUUACAUUACCUGCAAUGUUAUUGACAUUAUAUACCAUGCAAUAUGUUAUAUCUACAAUUAAAUAUAUAUUCUUUACCAUGCAAUAUACAUUAUUCACCUCUCAAUAUGCACUUUUAUUUUGUCCAUUAUCAACUGUACAGCAUACAUAAUUUACUGAACAUUAUACAUUGCAUACUCUGCAAUAUACAUUAUUAUUUCAUUGCAUAUUCUUACAGUACAACAUACACUAUCCAAUGAGCAGUUUACAUUUUUUAGUGCAUUACACUUUAUCUAAUGCUUAUUAUUGACUAUUUACUGUCCAGUACACAUUUUUAAAUUGAUGCAGAUGUUCUGAGUGACGUAGGUUAUCUCAAGUUGUGCUUUUAAGGUGAAAGUUUCUUUGAUGAUAAAAGCUUUUAUUCUAACUCUAUCACUCUUUGAUUGAGAAGAGGUGAAAAUGAAACACAGGGAUUUAGACUGAGCUGCUAAGUGCUUUUACACAAGCUGGAGUAGAGGAUGUGCUCUUUUUCUCACACAGCACUCCUCACACUCUUGGUGUAGAGUGUUAGUUAACCAAAAAGCUCUUAUCAUCAGCGUGUAGGAUGUUUCUUCUACCUGAACUCGGACGCUUUAUAAAGAAACUCAAACAUACUCCCACGGUCUGUUUUGUCUGACUGCGGCCCGCUGUUGCUCUCUUGGCAGCCACUCAGGCCCUUCACCAAAACACACACACACAAAGUAGAAGCUGAAUCCUGUCAGAGCUGUCAAGAUGAGGCGUAAUUGAGUUGCUCUGUAAGCCUGUAAUGAUGCAGCUGAUGGUGUCGUGAACAAGCUUGAGCUGGUUAAUCAGUAGGGGAAUUAUUUGGUUCCUGAUUUUGUCUGGGAUCUGUGACAGUGAGGGUGACAGCGGUGGGAGAGGAGCGGCGAGAGCCCCACAUGUGUGUCUCUUUUUUGUGUAAAUGAUGCAUGGUUUUAUUUUAAUGAAAGUUGAGGCAGUCUUUUCAUCAAGCUGCCAGUGAAACUGUUGCACCUUCAAAGUGAUCCUCUUUAAACGUAGUGGCAGGGUGAGUAAGAUGUGAGCAUGCCAGCACAUGCAGGACUAAUCUACGGUCUAUCUCAGGGGUUUCCCUGCCGGGAUGAUUAAAGGAGAGGGCUGAAAUAUUGGGAAAUGGGCUUAUUUGCUUUCCUACAGAGAUUUAGAUGAGAGGAUCAAUAUCUUUCUAACAUCUGUCAGUUCAAUAUAAGGCUAAAACUAGCAGCUGGUUGGAUUAGUUUAGCACACAGUACACACAAGCAGGAUGAAACAGCUGGACUUGCUCUUUAAAAAGCAACAAAAACUGCCUGAAUGCACCUCGCACCGUCAGGUUUCCACAGCAAAACAGAGCGGACAAAGUAGCCACAUAUGUGCUUUAGUAUUUAUUUGUAUUUAGAAGUGGCGGCAUGAAAUGCUCUGGCUGGAAGACAAAGAAGAGGAAAUAGAGAGCGGUUGUUGUGCAUAAAUGAGUUUGUAUUGAUGGACAUUUAACAAAUAGAGGAUUACUUUAACUUGUUGUCCUCAGAGGCCACCAUAGCUUCAGGAGUUGUAGGGGUGAGCAAGGGAGCAUAUCGGUAGAAUCAUGCCAUUGAAUAUCAUUAAAAAUUGCCAUCUCUUAAUGUUGUACCUCUAAUCAAAAAAUCAAGAUGUAAUUGAAUAAGAUCUGGCUUUGUUUUCAGUUGCAUUUUGUCACUUUAUGGCAGAUCAAGACCCAGAGAGACCGGUAUGAAAGAUGGGACAUUUUUGCAUCUAAUUCAGUAAAUUAGCAUAUGACAGAAAAAUAUAUACAGUAGAUCUUUAUUCAACAUACACAAUUAAAUCUUCACUACUUUAUGGGGUGACUUCCCUCUAAACUUGAAACAAUCAUUCAAACAAAAGUGCUUUAAAGCUCCCAUUAGUAACUUUUAGACAAAGCAGUCUUUGCUUAUCUUGUUUUUUUUUUAUAUAUACAUUAGCAUCUGCUGUCUUCUGACAGUCAAAUGUGCCAUCUAGUGUUGAAAUAGUAAAAAACUGUUUCUGUAGCUGUUCAGCUGACACCUACCCCCGCUGAUUUGUUUGAGACAUUAAAAAUGAGGGUAUAAGAAUGGUCAAUCUCGUCAUGUUUCUUGUCAUUGAUGGUCACGUUUGCUUUCAGACAUCACAGAAAGACAUCAAUAUGCAUUUACGUCUAUUUCCUAAACUUAAAAAAACUCCUCACAGGAGCUUUAAAGUAGGAACGUCUCUCUCCAGGACCCCCCAACGUUGACAUGAGUAGCUUGAGACAAGAAAUCAUAAAUGGGCACGACUUAGACCUUUUAAGACAAGACAGAAUUUGUUGAGCCAGAGGGAAAUAUCCUCAUGUCUUGUGCUGCACAAAGUUGAAAAGACUGGCAUUAGAAAGAAUUCACAUAUUUACACAAAGCCGAGACUCACCAGAGGGAAAGUUUGGCACCAAUUGAUUUAUCUGAUCCCGCUCCCUGUGAUCAGAAUAACACUGAGAUCUUAAAUGAAAGCAACAUGAAACAAGCGCCUACCUCUGCUUCCUUUAAAGGAAAAACUGUUAUGUUCGACUGUGUCAAGCUGAGGCUUGAAGAUGGGCAGGCUGUGACAUUUGGGUGAUGUGGAAUGCACUCUCAUUACAAUCAGAGCGCUGGCAGAAUCGAUGCUCGCUAAAGAAAACAUCAGGUUAAUAUCAGGCUGUGCUUGACCAACUGAAUCACAAACUAGACAAGCAUGACAAGACCUGUAAGGCUACACGGCGAGGGUUUGCAUCGUGUGAUGUCUGUGCGGUGAAGUGUCUUAUCAAGCUAACUCUCCACAGGUGUAUAAGCAUUAGUAUUUCCAGACCAAACUGGAGGUUUUAAGUUCUUUCCUUUCUUUCUUUCAACACAAGCUGUCGUGUUUCUGCCCUGAAGCACCGCAGGCACAGAGGAGUGUGAUGUGGGGAUGAAUGACAGCAUGUGUUGCGAUUUCCCUUUGUAGCCUAACAUGCGUAGACGCUGCUGCACAAACUGGCAACCCUCUGUUUCAUCUGGCAACCCGCUCUCCUCCCUGCUCCCUGUUUGAUCCCCGUCCAGCAGGGCAUCAUGUCGGCCUGGACUCUUUCAGAUUCACUGCGUUUGGCCGCAGACGGAACUGGGUGUAGCUGUGCGGUGCAGGAGGAGAGGCGAAGUGGCCUGAACGUGGUCUAAAACAGUGCACGACCUCCUGAGCAGUAGCUCACAGAGGUCUGGGUUGUUGUUUUUGGUGCUGCCAGCAGUCGUGCAGCUUCUGUGCUCACUGUGAUUGAUAGGAGAUCAUAGUGUGUUUGCAGAUAUUUGGCUUUAUGUCAAGUGAGAUAGCAGAUGUGCUUUGCACGUGCACAUGCUCUACCGUAUAAAAAAUAAGUGACUGACAGAAAUGUCCAAGAUCUCCACGAAUGCAGGUCUAAGAUUGCAGAGUGUUUUGCUCUCUGUGAGUCUGCUGAGGUUCAUUUUUUUUAACCUUGAACAGCAGAAAAAAGCAUUUACAUGACAGGAAGACAUUCAGAAGCCCAUGGUUUGUAAUAGUCAUGUUGUUGCAGGUGUUGGAUUUUCCCUUUUCCCAUCUUUCAUUUACAAAUUCAAUUCCAAAGAAAGUUGGGACGCUGUGUAAAGUGUUGACAGAACAGAUUCUGGUGGUUUGAAAAUCUUUCAAACCCUGAAAACAGUGCGGUGACAACAUACCAAAUAUUGAUACUAAAAAGAGUUACUGUUAAGAAACACGCAAAAAAAAGGACAGAUAUUUUUUAAGACACAUUAGUGAAAUGCUGAGCUGCAUCACUUCUUCUUAUAACAACACUGUCAACCUUUGUGAACCUAGGAGAUCAGCUUCUGGAGUUUUGCCUUUCAAAUGUGGUCUCAUUCUUUCCUGAUACAGGAUUUCAGCUGCACAGUUUGGGGCGUCUUUGUUGUCUUUUCUGAGCACCAGGACUCUUCUACUACAGAGCAAUGAUGUUGUCACACAUGCAGAAUGAGGUAUAGCUUUGAGGAAGGCAUUGUCUAUCAUACUUGCAGGUUUUGCAUCCUCAUACCAUCGCAGAUCUCCGCUUUAGUGUGCUAAUAUCAAGACCAGGUUGUCCCUCUUUUCUUUUAAAUGGAGGCGGGGCGUCCAGGAUUUCCAAAAAGAAUGGCUAAUUUUGAUUGUCUAGACAACAGGACAGCUUUGAAGUCACUGGCAGUUCUGGAUCAUGCUUGUACAGUCUGCAUUUUAACCUUUAACUCACUUAAUUUGUUUGCAAAAUCUGGACUUUAGUACUUUAGUAUGAAAAGUUUUAAAUCACAGCUUCAGAUCCUCACAUUUAUGAGCUGUGGAAUAUAAUAUUGAACAUUAUACCGUGUAAAAAUCUUAAAAUCAGUUUUCUGUCUGCGUUCUUGACAGUUAAUCAGCUCAUAAUGUCAAAGCAACACGUGUGUUUUGGUGUGAGGCAGAUGUGAGGCAGCUGGGGACUGCAUAAAUUUUCAGCGUUCCUGCGUCUCACAUCCUCAAUCUGAUGCCCCUCCUCCACACACACACACACACACACACACACACACACACACACACACACACACACACACACACACACACACACACACACACACACACACACACACUGAGCCGUCCGCACCCAAUCCACAUUUCUCCCUCACACAGCCAAUCAUCAGAUCUGUCUCGACUUAAUCCCUCUCUCGACUUGUAAACGCAGUCCAUACAGUGCAGUUUAUGAUGGGCCCCCAUCAACCUUUGUAACCCCAUAGACAGAGGGAUCUUUGUGAGUGUGUGUGUGUGUGUUUGUGUGUGCGUGUCGCUCGAUGAGACACUGAAUCGUCUCACUGGGCAGAUAAUGACAGACCAUCUUCAGCCAGAGAAACACGAUCUUGUGUUGGUCGAGGUGACGGCGAUGGAGCGCUGGUCUGAGGGGACAUGGCGGGUUCUUGAAGACUUUAACAUGCAUGCUCUCUGUGUGACGGGAAACCCUCUGAGCUCAGUGUGGGGCGUGUCAGAGGGCAUUAUGGGAAGAGGGUGCAUGGGGUCUGGGUCUCAGAUGUGGGCUGUGUGGUUCCCCCUGCCUUUUCCGGUUCAGAGAUGGAGAUGGAAACCUCUCCUCCCUGAUGAGCUUCUGUGCUGCAGGCGCAAGUUUAGACAAACCGCUGGGGUGGAACAGUGUACUGUACUCUGUGUGUGUGAGUGUGUGUGUGAGUGUGAGUGUGUGUACGCCCACAUCUAUAGCGGUGUUCAUGAUGUGGAAACCAAAGGGAGCUUUAAAGUCUUUGACGUACUCUUUCCAAGGUUUAGGUUCAUGAUGUAUUCGGUGGUAGGGCUGAAGAUUUCCAGGAUUCCCUUUUACCCAGUCAUGAAAAAACGCUUGUAUUUACUGGGUUAUUGUAACACUAAUAUGCAGCAGAUAUGGCUGACUCCUUCCUUUAUUCCUCCAUGUUUAAUCUCACUAUUGUUGUAUCUGAUGUCUGAUAUCAGACGGCAGAGCUGCUACUGCAUUGAUGGCCAGUUGAUAAGCUUUGUCUAUACGACAAUAUAAGUAAAGAGAUUAGGGGUAUAUUUUUGUCCACUGGGGGCACCAAAGUUUACACAAACAGAAAGUUCCUCACAGGAGCUUUAAUGGGAAAAAUUACAUUUAAUAUACAAUGAAAAUGAAGAUAAGUAAAUAAACCCAUCGUAAAGAAAAUAUUUGGCCACAUCUGCUUCCUGUUUUAGUGUCUUUAAGCUGAUUGUUUGAAUUACUGUUAUUAGUGGAAAAAUAAACUGCUAAAGAGCAAAAUGUGGUCUUAUGAAGAAGGUGGAGACCAAAGCAGCACUGAAGAGGUGGAAAUAAGGGGUCAGUAUUUGACAGGUAAACAUGAGAACCGCUCCAGUUAAAGGGGAAGCCUUUUGCUAAUCAGAUUACCACACGAUAUUUACAUAUAUGUGUGCAAAAAUCUUCUGAAGUUGUCCUGAUUUAGUGUUGUUAAGUAGUUCAAAAUUUAAUUUUGCUUCACAGGGUUAACAUUUUAGUAAUUUUAUGGUUUUUGGCUUAAAAAAAAGACUUUUUUUCAGGGUGGCCUCUGGAGAAAAUGAUAAUAAUGAGAAUAUCUGAGUGUAAUUUAACCCAUAUAAGAUGCGUGUCCAUGUAUGUUGCAUGUAAAUAUUUUGCACUUUUCCAGAUUUCACAGCUAAAAGGUGUAGACCCAGAAGUCAAUGAUUCAUUUUUUAUUUCUCCUGCUUAUGUUUAUGUUCAGUAUUACUCCACUGCUACACUCUAUUUGUAUAUAUUAGCUAGCUGUAAAGGAAUUUUUCACUCACCUUUCAUCUGCUUAAAGGAAAAGAUUGUGGUGCUCAAACUAAAAAGACAAAAUGAACCUUUCAUUUUGUUGCACUCUGUAAAUCUUCCACCUGAUGUCUUUUCAUUGUGGUGUGUCAGAGAAAAACUAGUUGCCUGACUUGUUUACACCACAGGAAGGAGUAAUCUUGAGUUCUGUGGCUGUUGCUCUCAUGUUCCUCGUAUCUGAGAUGAUGUGAGUCCCUCGUCUUUCUCACAAGGGCGUGUAAAAGUGUGGGCAUCCAUCACAGGACAGAACAAUCUUCAGGGAACACAUGGUUGAUUUUAUAGCCUAUUUUCCCAUCACUCUUUGGACUCAUGGGUGCGUUAGAAAACAGGCUGAUCCUUCUUUAACUUUCAGACAGCCUGUAAAACUUUACGCUUCUUCAAAUGUCCUUUACCCAUGUUUCUAUGCAGGUGUAGUCAUCAUGUCCCGGUUGUUUUGACAGUAAACCCAGUCAGACUGUCGCCACUUUGUGCUGUGUCUACGCAGAGUCCUCCAGGUUAAGUUUAUCAGAACAACAAACACAAAGAAAAUCAACUGUGCGUAUCAACUUCAAGUGGCUGUAGGUGACUGACAACACAGUGGGGUGUGGAUUCAGCGACCUGAAAAUGGGAGGUACUGAUGUAGGAAAGUAAGCUGUUAGGUUGAUUUAUGAAAAAGGAUGGGGGUCAAAGUCUGAUUCUGAAACUUACUCAUGUAUAUGCUGUUGAAUCUUAUGUUUUUUAGGACGAGAGGCUACAUCUCCGGUCAAAUCAUGUCAUAAAAAUCAAAUCUGUUUGAGUUUAAAGAAAACACAGAAAUGUGGCAGAGAUCACUAUUUUUAUUCAUAGGCUGUUUUCUACGUGUUUGGAUGCCUUACCUAGCCAUAGCAGACUGGAGUUACCUUUUACAGACUAUUAGUGCACCAGACAAGUGUCCUUUACUAUUUCCACUACACCCAAAUAAGAAACUUUUAACUCCAUCUGAAAGUUUUUCUUCCUCUUCUUCUCUCUUUCUUUCUCUGCACCACAGGAACCACAUAGCCAUUCUUUUCGUUCAUGAAUCCGGCGUACGCUUUUGGCGCCGAUGUGUAAAUUUACACACAAGUUUUAUGAAUGAGACCCAUUGUGCUCUACAGCCUUUUGGAACAGUUCACCAUGUAUGCCUCUUGAUUGUAUUAGCAAAAUUGACAUUUGAUACAUAUUUUAAAAGCCUAUAUUACAGUAGAGAGUAAAGCUUUAAAUGAAGUGUCUUCUUGGUACAGCACCCAAACUUAUCGCCUCUUCCCAUGGAUCUGCUCAGCAGUAUAAGAGCUAAACAAACAAAAACAGUGACUUACGUUCACUAUUAUUUUGAAAAUGGUUAGUUUGAUGCCUGUUGGUCACCUCAAUUCAGGCAUUUAUGUGACAGAGAAAUUAUUCACAAUCUGAGGAAAAAACAUUAGUUGCAGUCUUGUUAAUUCGCACAUCAAUUGAGUCGUCUAAAAAGGUACAGCUGUUAACGUAGAGCAAAAGUAAAAGACAAGAGCAAGGCUUCCUCUGUGAAUCGUCAAACAUUUGAAGGUAAUUUUUCUUCAGAGCAGGGAAAUUAAAAAGUAACCAAUUAUACAAACCUCCACCUAGACUUCCUGUGACAGAAAUAGUAGCUUACAGAGGCCGCACAGCAGCGAUAGCAGAAGAAGAAAGGGCUGCACUCAUUUGGAAAACAGACAAAGAGAGUAGAAAGUCAGAAAUGGAAGAAAAUAGAGCUCACUAUUUCCCUUUUUUUUGUAUCCCAGCACUCAUGAUACUCAGCAUGCCGUGACUUGUGAAGACAGGCCAAAGUUUUUGAAGAAUUUCCUCAUUUUCUUGGCUGAAAAUAAGUUGUAUCUGGCUCACUGUGGGUAACAGAAGAAGGGAAAAAAGCUGCAGGUCAGAAAUGUGGGCUUCUGUGUCAAGCCGCUGCCACUUUACUUCCUGUUGACCUCUGGGUGGUGCCUUACGGAGGUCAAGUUGUGGGCGACGCCCUUGUUCUUCCAUGCCAGAGGAUUGGAACGCCCUUCAAACCACCAACCGCUAAGACGGAGAAACAGACCUUGUUAUUAUAAACACAAUCAUGCUUAUUAUCAUGCCACUGUGAUUCUGUCCUGUCGUGUUCAAAGGCUUACAUUUGUGUUAUUAAAGCACAGCUCUCUGUGUCGUUCCCCACUCCCUCCAUUCCUCUUUUUGAACUUCCACCCACUUUUUCUCUCACCUUGUGCAAAUCACCACCUGCUCUCUGCAGUCAGUUGGGUGAAUCCACAUGCAAAACAGCCCUGCCAGUCCCAGCAUCAGGGCUUAUGAUAGUGACGAUGGUGCAUGGUCAUCCUCCUUCAGAGGCGAUGAGGCCUGACUGUGGGGACAGUCAUGUAAAGGACGGAGCAGCGAGAGAAAGAGGCGUCCCCAAACAGAGCGGAGUGAGGUUGAGUGUGUCACUCUGGUCCCUGAUCCGUGGAGGCGGUUCGAUGAGACAACCUGAAAUUAAGCUGUCAGGCCGCAGCCGGGUGUACACAACUGUCAGGCUUUAAAGAGAUAAACAAUGUUUAGGUGGGAGAGUCACACAUGUGGCCACAAUAGUGGUCUGUGAGGUUUGGGUGCUCAAAGGGUCAGUCAAGAGCGGCCGGUGUUUUUCUGAAUGAGCUGUGACAGCUCUUUGGACGGAGCUCCGCGUAACAAUGUGACGUUUUUUCUCAUUCUGUCACAACUCUGUGGCCUGUAUACAAGAGGACGACGUUACCAUGGUGACAUUAUGAGCUGGUCUGUGAACCUCAGUUUUAAAGCUCUGAGUUUGUGUUUUGUAUUGUUGGAGGUGAAAGCAAUCAUAUAUGAGCGACAGGGUGAGAACUCAUUACUCUGCAUCUUUCAGUGACUGUAUACAAAGGUGGAUGACUUGUCUGCACUUUACAUGCACGCUGUAAUUGUCUUUUCUCAGUCCAAGUUUUUCCCUGAUGUAGUUGGAGGUGAAAUACCGCUUAUCAGCUAUCUCUCAGUUGACUGACUACAUCACAUACCAAAACAAUCAACAUAUGCACUGGCAAGCUUAAUCUUUUCCCACUGCAGAAUUAGAUUCAGCUUUGAUUCAGCUUGUAAAUAAGAUAAGCAAUGACUGUUUUGUCCACAGGAGGCGCCAAAGUUGACACCGACUAAAAGGUCCUGACAGGAGCUUUAAAAUAAUCAUGUUGUCUUGAUAAAGGCUUAAAACUUGUGGUUAUAAACCUUAUAUGAAAAUGUUUACAGGGAUAGUAAGUUGGCUUAUAUUGUUGAUUUGCAAACAAGUUGUCGCCCCCUGCUGGAGAGUUUUGCGAACACAGACUGAGAAUAUCAUAAUUGUUCUAAAAGUUUUCCUUCCCUCUCCCUCUUGUGACUGAUUCCCCCUUCAUCUUUUCCUUGCCUUUACACAUUUGUAUACCAUUAUGCAUGAGCUUUGUCCCCUGGCCUCUCCAUGUACCUUGACAUUUGCGUAUGCAUGAAGAGACCCACUCCAGUCGAUGCCGAAUGACAUUCACUCCCAGCUUAGCCUGUGCUGUCUGCAGCAGUCAGAGCCCAUCAGCUGAAACACACUCCAGGGCGAGGGGAUAAAUCAAAUAGUCCAGGAACAGUAAUGAAAUAGCAUAGAGCCUUGUGUUCCCCUAUGAAUUCUAUUAACUCACAAAUAAACAAUUGUUGUCAUUAUCAAAACUCAAUUUAAUUCACUGAAAUGGAAUUUUAAAGGCGGUUUUAAGGCUGCGGGGAGAAGUGGCUGAUGCAUGAAAACAUUACAAAAGUAUAACUUUUCGACUGAACGCUGGAUUUUUAUGCAGAUUUAAAUUCAAAUAGAGGGUUAUCAGCUUCAGGCGUUUGUAUGAAAGGCAGCACAGUUUUGCUUCUCUUUAACAGUGCACAUUGGCUCGUGCAUUGUUUCUGCAUUUUAAGGAGAGCUGGAAAAAAAAGGAAUAUUCUUCAAAGCUUGAUUUGCUUUGGUACAAGCUCCAAACCAUUUUGGCCUUCUCUCUCUGUAUUCCUCAUCCUGAACGUGCUAUUAAUAAGCCUCUGACAUAGUAUGAUUAAGGUAAAUUAGCUGUUUUUCUUGCUUUGAUUGAAACAUGUGUAACAUGUUCCAAACGUCAUGCCAGUGAUCGGUUUGGGUGUUUUUGCAAAAAACAUCUCCACAAGCUCACUUUCAAAGCAACCAUGUAUUUUUGUGGUGUCACAUGCAAGUCUGAGUUUUGAGAAGCGUAACCAAGAACAUAACGGCAGGAUAUUGAAUUGCUACUGUGUGAGACAUGACCUGUCCGGCGAACCUAGUUCUUUUUUUACUGCAGUUUUGUUUGGGUCAGGGCCACCGAGGUCUGUGUUCUACUGCGGUGGAGUAAUGGCAACCACUUUAAAUAAAUGGAGAGUAAUUUCCCUGCUGAGCCCCGGGGUCUGGUUAGUGUCCAGCUGCAGCAGUUUGUGGCCAAAAAGGCAAAUUGUCGCCUUUCCUCUUUGCUGGAAACGCCCACCAACAGCUCAGAUUGGACAAGGUCGAGCAAGUGGACAUGGCUAAGUGGACAGCGAAAACAUCUGGAUGAGUGACGGGAGCGGACGUAGCUAAGUGGGCAGCAAACAAAGGAACAAAGCUGGUGGCGUGCAGCACUGAAAAGCCGUGACGGGGGAGUGUGCAGUGAAACAGGGGGUUUGACAGGCUAGAAUUUUGAGCUGCUUUUGAAUAUUCCUGUAUCUUCAUGACAACACAGACACAAUUGAAAACGCUGACAUAAGCAUGCCAGGCCAGCAGAUGGCUAUACAGUGGGAUUAGUCCAUAUCGUUAAACAACAGAGAAGAAUAUUGUCUGUAUGUGUAUUUAGCAUGUUCUCGUGGAAGUUGCAGUUGUAAACAGAGUCCUUUAAACUGUGUAAAGUAGCAAAGCAAUAACCAAUGAGCGUGAUAAAGGCCUGAAUAAUAUAUAGGUUGAAUAUUGCAUCAUAGUUUUCCAUGUCAAAGCUCAGAGAACAAUCUGUGAUUUCCACCCAAGUCUGGACAAGGGGUCUGGGUUAGAGAAGUCCAGGGAACAUCUCAGUCCACGACUUUCAGAAGCAUCUAUUGUCCUGUAAGCUGUGGAGUCAGUGAUAUCCCACUGCAAUACAAGACCAUUUGAAAGAGACUUGAACUCAAAAGGGGUGAAACCCAAGUCGCCAAGAGGCCCUGGUUUAGUUGUCUGCCCUGCGUCAAAGGUGAAUACAGCCCCCAGAGGUGAACACAAAAAGGGUUGGGUCUUCUGCAGCCGACGUGGCACCAGCUUGCGACCAACGCCAAGUGAGGGCCGGUCACACUCGGCCGGUGCCAUGAAACAGAAUCUGCUGGCUCUCAAUAGAUCCUCAGUAAUGGAUCCUGUUCUUGGAGAGGCCAGUGGGAUACCCCCUGUCUUUUACCAGAGCCAUCUGGUUCCCAGUAACGCUGCUCUUCCCACAGCCGCACAAACCGCAGUGAAAAGGGAUCUCUUUCACAAUCAAGAUCAGGAACCAGAGACGGGCUUGGUUAAAAGGGGUCUGAAUGUUGAGCGCUGUGGUCCCCUCUGCAGCAGCCUAUUGUGCCGUUGUUAUUGUGUCCUUGGACGUGCACUCUCUUGCGGUUUAUCUAACAACCUUUUGUGAUUUGAUACACUGGAAAAUGUGCUGUGUUCAUACUCUGACCAGGUCAUCUAGGCAAGGUAAUUAAAAAAAGAAAGAUUUGAACAUGUUAGGAAAUACAAGAGUUCAACCCGCAAAUUGAAACGAAUGUGAUUGCGGAUUGUUGUAAAGCUAACAACAAGCAAGAGGCAAUUUAGAGUGGAACAAGAUUAAGACAAAUUGUUUUGACACAAGGGAGGUUUUCGCCACAAUCUACUUAGGUUAAAGUGUAAAAAACAGUCUAAACAUGCCAGGGAAUGAUGAGAGAACAGACCAGCACCUCCAUCUGCAGUUUACAGAGCAAGACAAAGAAAAUGUGCUGCAUGUCUUCACCACUCCACCAAACCGGCAUGCUGGAGGUUUAUUAGUUGCAGAUGCGAGCAUGUUGGGCCUGUUCACCCACCGCUUAAAUCAAGAGGUGAAAGUAAGUUAACCUGCAUACAUCAUAAUCUGAUCUCUUAAUGUCCAAAAUGCUGAAAUAAAUCUACUGUUCUUCUACCUUAGCGACAUAUCAGCACUGUGCAUGACUCAUGAAACCAUCUCACUCAUGCACUGCGCUUGUUGCUUAUGUUGUUAUGAUGGAUGGAUGGAGGACUUCACCUGCUGAACAAAUUUAAUGGUUAAAUGGUCAAAGUCAAAGAAAAUUGUACGAGUGUGAUCCCGUAAGUAUUGUAAAUGUCCUUCUGUCAUAUCUUAGUGAUAUUAAAACAUGAACGGUCUCCAGGAAAACUCCUCUUCCUCCCUCUGCUCACCCCGACCACCCACCCACACUUCGCCCCAUCCAAACAAAGCCUUCUGAGUUGUGAGAUUGCAUCCAGCGGGGAUUAUCCCCCCUGUUGUGAAGUGCAUGUGAAAUAUCAGGGCUUGAAUGUCCUGAAAUAAACCUAUCUAGUAAAUGUGAAGAGUUCAUGUUUGAACAAACUUAAGCCUCACUUAGACAUUUGAGCAACUUGAGUCUUAUUUCCUGGAAUCAAUGAAAGGGUCCUUAAACCUACCUUGAAAGCUCAGCAUACCUGGACUGAUGGUUGGAGUUCAGAGAGUGUUCUUGCAGACUGAAAGAGUUUUUAUGUGUUCACUCUUUUCUUAUUCUGUCAGUUUGCAUUGCAGUGAAACAUGGAGGGACAAAACAACAGCAGAUAUAAAAAUUAUAAGUCAUAGCUGCCAGUUUCAUUGAAAAGGUAUCUUAGAUCCCUCUAGGUGGGGGGGGUCCUCUUUCUCUUUGUGUUAUUUUGUAAGUAUUUAAUGCCUUCUGCCUUUGCUUUAUGAGAAAAUCCAGUGCAGAAAAGUCUGUGGAGUCUCUGUCUUCACUGAGUUAACAAAAGAGUCAAUGAGUCCGUGGCUUUCUGAUUGUGUUUGCAGUAUGCUUUGGGAUUAUGAACCGAUUGUAAGGUCAACAUUCCCGAGAAAAAUCACAAGUACAAUCCAUCACCCAGCAAUGAGAGAGUAGGCGAGUAGGCGGAAGCGGUGUCUCCGAUCUCUGCUGAGUCCAAUGGAAUUGUUACUUGGCUCCGACAAACAGAGAAAGAUUGAUGACUUCAGAUGAUGGAAAUUCAAAAACCCAUGCAAAAUCCAAAGAAAGAGAAACAAAUAUGAGCUUCGGAUGACGACAAACAGGCAAAAGAGUCAGUGAGGGCGUUUUAUGGACCUCGAAGGGAGGUCCAGACACAAAACUGCAGUUAAUACUUGUCCCCGUAGGGGUCACUAAAGAGGAUAAAAUGAGAUCCUUAACAUUGUGAAGCAUUAAAACUGAAACCUAAACUCAUUUUCUUUUUAUACCAUAUAUAUAAUGAUUUUUGGCUGCUCACAACAUGUCCUAGUGCCUCUAAGCAGCCUCUCACUUUGUAACCUCAAUAUCUGUGCAGUGAUCCGGUUGGGUGGGGAUGUUAUGAUCAUGAGGCACUGCGCUGAUUGGCUGCUUGAAUGUUGUCUGGAUGAGGAAGUGCGAAUUUCGGACCAGUGCAGACAGAAAAACACCAAAACAAACAUGGCAAGAGCUUCAGGAGAAUAAGCACCAGUAACACUCAGAGUCUGAUCAGAAUAGGAGGAGGCAGCAAAUCACUGCUGAGGCUCUUUUGGUUCUAUAUUUUUUGGCAACAUGCUGUCACUCACUUGGUUUUGGCAGUAACCCUUAUAUCAGAUGUUACAAGCAUAGAAAAUGACUGUUUAUAAAACAUUAAUCAUGUCUCUAAAGGUCUGAUUUACUUCUGCAGAUCAUGAAGAGAUACCCGUGUUAGUUUCAGUCUUUGAUACAACCUGCUAAAACUCCUUACAGGUGCUUUAAUUCCCAUUUUACCGUCAUAUCUCAGACUGUGAAUCUAAACACAGAGAAAGGAGGGAGCUGGAUAGUGUUUGUGAGGUUUUUUUUUUCAGGUUUGAACACCUGCAUCCUCAUAUAAUUCUCAACAGAAGAUUUUGCACAUGUGUGUACAGUCAGGUAACAAAGCAAAAUAAAGCAAAUCUGCAAAACAAAAAGCACACAAUAUUUCCUGCUACUGAAGACAAUGCCUGUCUUCCUUCAGUAUUAUAAUGAGUGAUUAAAAAACCAAAACUACAAGGAUUGGGGCUGUCUCAGUGAUGACAGCUUAAAAAGAGCUGAACUUAUGAUCUGGUUGUGUUUUUUUUUAGUUUUUCUUGCAUUAGCUGUGCAGGUCACAUCGUUCCCUCCCAUCAACCCCAGACCUUUAUUUAUCCAAGUCAGACCUCAUCAUCUCUGGACCCUGUAAUCACUCAGGGCCACUGAGGGAGAGAGAGAAAAGACAGAGGAUGUGGUGUGUGUGUGUGUGUGUGUGUGUGUGUGUGUGUGUGUGUAAUGGGGGGGGGGGGGGGGGUGUAUAAUGGCUGCACACAAUCCCCUACAACGGCUUGACAGAGCUUCAGUCCAAACCAAACCACAUAUAAUUUACAUUCCUCAGAUACCAGCUAACCUGAGCACAAACAGGACGAUCGAAAACAGGUGUGUUUAGGGACAGCCCUCCUCCUCUUCUUCUUUCAUGCUUCACCUUUCUUUGAGGUGCUAUCCAGCUCCUGCGGUGUACAACCCCAACUGAGAGCCGUGUCACUGUGUAAAAUGCUGAGAAAACAGAUUGUCAUGGUUUGUAAAAGAUUUAAAGGCGACAUACCAAAAAUUAAAUCUGGAUCAUUUUAUUACUUCCUGAAAACUUUAUGCCCAUGUCAAAUUUGAUCCCAGUGAGACAUUUCACAACAGCUGAAACAGGUGUAUGUUUACUGUUGAGCUGCAUCACCUCUACUUUAAACAGCAUUUAUGAAUGUUUGGCAAAUCAGGAGACCUGUUUCUGGAGUUUCAGGAUGGAGAUGUUGUCUCUCCUGAGAUAGUUCCAGUUGCUCAACACUUCAGGGUCACUUUAGUUGUGUUUUUCACAAGCACACAUACAGCACAUGGUUGGGACCGGGACUGUGGUCUCCAUAAGUGGGGCGCACUAGCCCACUCGGCCAUCUGUGCACCCCUGCAUGGUGCAUUUUUAACCUGGAGUCACAAAGUGUUCACAGUCAGUGAUUUUGAGCUGAUGUGGUGGUUUCCACUACAGAGCCAUGUCUGUUUUAAUGCAGGGGCCCAGAGACCAAGGCUGUCCGCAUAUAGUCUUCAGUGUUGUCCCCAUGAAUUGUUUGUGUCUUUCAAUUUAUAUUUUAUACUCAAGAACGUAAUCCUGGAGUCUCUCCCAGAGUUGUGAACCUCCUUCCAUCUGUUUUCCUGAGAGACUCAGCCUUUCUGAUGCUGAGAUGUUCAUUCAGUUGUUUUUUUUUAGCAUUACACAACUUUUUCAAGGUUUAGUUGUCCCCCUCCUUACUUUUUUGGCAUUAAUAUAAAAUGCGGCCAGAUUAUUUUUUGUAAAUCAGCAACACUUCCAUAUGUUUUCUUGUCACUAUUUUUAUUAAAAACAAUAGUUUUAAUGAUCCAAAAACAACAACAUGUUUCAGGGCGUCCCAACUCAUAUGGGGUGACUUUAUGUUCAGGACCACAUGUACAGCCAGGACAUUGGCUUCACAUGUGGGAUCUGAGGUUCAUCCCUGUGAAGGAAUCAAAAUAUUAUCACUGGAGCACAAUGAAACACGGAAAUCACCCUGUGAGAGCGGCGAGCUGAAGCCAUUCUGGCCACGCUGCUUACAUAAUCUUACCACAAAUUGAUUACCGCCUUUGGGAGGACAGCCUAUUGUGAGGAGUUAGGGAACUGACAGACAUGCUCACACACACACACACACACACACACACACACACACACACACACACACACACACACACACACACACACACACACACACACACACACACACACACAUACAGAGACACAGUGGUUGAUAUCCACAGCGCAGUGAUGAGUGGGUGAGAAUGGCAUCACUGCAAUGACACUGGCCCCGCCACCCCGGAACAAAAGAGCCUGUGUGCAUUAGAUUGUGAGUGUGCGAAUGUGUGUCCUCUAUGUCAGAUCCAUCUUAAAAUACUGCGGCUGCACUACUGAUGAAAAUUGCUCCCUUUCAUUCCUGCAGUUGUGGGGGGGGUAUGAUGGUGGGGUGCAGGAGGAGAAAACAGAGCUGGAGUGAUGUGGGUAGGAGUGCAGACUAAUGCAUGUUUUGUCACUGCUUUUGUAAAUCAGGGCAGAUCAUUUUACCUUCCAUUUACAGAGAAAACAAAGAAGACGAAACAGGCGCUUAAUGCCCUCAUGUGAGGUUUGCACGGCCAUUAGCAACAGUGAACCACCUUAAGUAUCAGAGCUUCAGUGUCUCAAAGGCUGCGUGCAAUGAGGAACCCAUAUGUUGGACAGGUUUUUUUUUUUAUUUUUGCAUUAACAGGACAUACUGUCUCGCUCUCAGCCCUGCAUUGGUUGUUUGUUUGCAGAGUAAGGGCUCCAGCUGCGCCGCAGACCUCCUGUGGAAUGAGAUCUGCACCUCCAGAUUCAGACCCCUAGCCUUGAAGUCGCUCUCUCUGUGUUCACUGUUAAUUUUACAAGCCUGGGCUUUGUCAGCCUUCUCUACAACACAUGGAAACGUCGAAACUAACCCUGUCUUCACUUCAUUGCUGCUAUGCACAAGAUGGAGAAAAUUAGAGGCUGGUUAACACUCCGCAGGAUCGUAAAAAACUGUCUUUGUCACACCCUGACUCACUCUGUGUUUGCCUCUUUUCUUUCUUUUCUGCUUAUUUUUGACCCACGCUUAGUCUUUCCUCAAUCAUUCCCUCAGUCUCAAUGCCCUGCUCUUAUUUAUACUGUGCUUUAAUUAAAGACUGAUCGAUCCCAGACAAACUAAUUGUGCACCUUUUUGAAAGCUCUGAAUUUGGGUAUGUCUUAGCCCGGCUCGGCUUCCUCCCUCACAUCUCUGCUGUCUCUGGGCUGCACAGGCUUUGUUUUCUGUGGUGUCAGAGUAGGUCUCAAACAGAUUCAGUGGCAUGCGUUGAAUAUGCGACAGAUUUAGUCUCCUACUGUUUUAUUUGUUUAACCCUGAGACUCUGAGUUGGGAUGCUCCGAUAAGAUUUGUGCAAAAUUUAAAUUUCGGCUGCUAGUCCCAGGCUGACCUUCGGAUAAUAACAGCUGUGUACUUUAGACCAUGUAUAGAUGUGAAAUGAUUGCACUUUUACAUUACCCAGCUCAGGGACUGAGUCACAGAGAGCUUUAUCAUUGUUUUUUGCGGCAACUGAGAAAGACCAUGAAUAUAAAAUAUCUUGGAAGAAUUUCAGUUCUGCAAAUAGAGGAAUUUUUGACUCUUUUCCUGCAGAAACUUUGUAUUUUAUUGUGAAGUUGUGAUGGGCAGCAUUUCCAGUGACUAGAUGAUUGCCUUGCAUUAAGCCUUGAAACUUGUGGUCAACUGAUAUCAGUCACACCAAUAAUGAGAUAGCAGGCUGGCUGAUAUAUAAUGCCGAUGUCACAUUGGCAUCUUUUUUUUUUGCAUUAGACAAAAUUUGACAUAAUUUAAUGAAAAAUGAAGACCCCAGGACUCUGCUAUUGUGGACGGUGUAGACCAGUCAGAGUAAUUUGAACUGAGAUUUUCUACCUUUGGAGAAUUGUGUGUUUACGUCACAAAACUGACAAUGAUGUCACGUAGUGCCACUCUUUUCACUCAGCAAGAGAUGACCACCUAGAGUUCACUAUCUCAGCUGUGUUAGUGUAGAAAGAAUUGCAAGGCUGCGAAGGAUGCACCUGAUGCAGCUGGCUGCGUUUUUGAGGAUCCUCCAAAUUGGGACAUUCUUUGACGCUCAUCUCUAUUAUUAAAAGUGUCCUUUGUAGGAUGCAGCCCCUUAAUUGAGACACGGCUCAAAUAAUCAAAACAAAAAAAGUUGUAUUUUGUCUGCUGAAAGUAGUUUUUUUUUAUGCUGUGAGCUUGACCUGCGCCCAUAGCUAUGGUUCACUUUGUGGCUAUCUUGAAAUGAGCCAAUUUACCUGGUCAAAAACUAAACUACUGUCUUUGGUGAUGUGAAAGAAAGUGAGAAAUUUUAGAUGAAUCAGCACAGAAACUGCCUUGUCACUGUUUACCAAUACUCAAUCUCUGCCUUAAUCCAAACCAAGCUCUGCGUUGUGUUAACUUUAUGAACCAUCUUCAACUUUCUCAGUCCUAGUGGUCAGUUCAGCUCUUUUCACCAACCCCACACCAGAUUAACAGUUUUUUAUUCACAUUGAUGUAAUUUACAAUGAGUCAGAUACAGUCUGUUUAUAGAGCGACAGUCUGGUCUUCAUGGCCUGGUGUGCUUCAGAGUCUUGUAACAAACGGUUGUGUUGAAUGUGUGCACACUUGACCCAAAACCUGCAUUUAUGGUGAUUUUUUUAAUGUGUCUGAAUAGAAAGAUAUGUGAUUGAAAAACUGUAUUUGAGGAAGUUUUGAACUGUUCUGGAAAGCUUUUGAUCGUGUUUAUACGUUAGGCCUUUUCUAGGCAGAUGUUGAUCUUGACUUUAGGGAACUGUACGGAUGUUCCAGAGGGAGGUAAUUGAACGCGACACCUCAUCCGCCCUCAUGUCAGGUCGUCUGCUGGGUCCCUGAUGUCGACAUUUUGCCAGCUGCUUUUUUCCCCCAGGGUUUCACCAAGUCCCUGAAUGUCCUUUACGUCAUCUCCAGAGCCUGCAGCCCAUCACUCACCCCUUGAGCGUCUGCCAAGCUAAACUCAAAAUCGUCCCACUUCGCUCCGUCCUCGUCCGCUCGCUGAGCCAAAACUGACUUGGCUCAUCUGGGCUGUGCUUUUCCAGAUAUCAUCCUCACUACUGCGGGAAAUCCUGCACGGAUGGAUGUUUCAUGUGUUUCUGUAGGUUUGUUUUCUGAUUGAUUUUUUUUCAAGAUCUCUCCACAUAUGACACUUUUAUAAAUUUAGAGCCAGUGAGCAGCCUGUGGUUCAAAAAACCGUUUUAUGUUUUCCAUUUUUGUGACGAGAAACUUCAAACAGAGGUUUCUUUUUUGGCAGCAUGUUCAGCUCACCGCUGGCUCCAGCAGAUUAGACUCUUUCCAUUACAGAGCUAAAUAAUAGGGGCCGUGCUAGACCGAGAUGGGGCCGUGUUUUAUAGGUGCUACCCGGCAGCUUUGGCAGGGAGUCCUCUGGGUUUGUGGCUACUGUGGUAGAGAACUCAGGAGGUGGUGCGGCUCAGGGUUUUUUGCAGGAAGAAUGGUGGUACUGGAGGCUAUUUUGGGACUGGAGAGGUCUGGGUUUAUGGCCUGGUUAUCUGGGACUACAACCUGUGACAAAAGCAUGAAAUGAAAAGAAGGGCUGUAAAACCUUAUUGGGAGGCUGUCGAGUGCAGAAUUCAUGAGUUAGAAAAGCCCUUGUUCUCAUCACUCAGACCUUUCACUGACCUUCUCACAUGAGGUCAGCUCUUACAGGAGUGUGUCAGAGGUACACCCACAUGCCUUUCUCCUCAGCUACAUCCAACUUUAAAAGAGCUUCAAUGAAUCUGUGGCUAUCUGUAAAACCAGCAUAAUAAAUGUGAAGCAGCCUGCCUGCAGUCUGAGGUGGUUUUGAUGUGGAAAUAGAUGCUGCUGGCAAAACGGGGAACCAGACUUGUGCUGCAACCAGCUGUGCCCCCCCCAGAAAAAAAGAGUCCACCCUGCUACAUCUGGCCUGGUUUGGCCUGUCCCUGGCCUCCACUGACUGAAGUGAGUCCCAUGAGUUACCAGGACACAAUGCUUGAACAAGCGGAUGGUGGUAGAUGAUGUUUUAAUAGUAUGACAUUUCUGCCGUCUUUGUUUAUUGUAGUCAGGAACCCUCAGGUCCGUUUUUUUCUGGCGUUUAUACCUGUAAAAAUAGCAACCCUAUUACCAAAAUAGUAAGGAUGCUUCAAAUUCAAAUCAUUGAAACCACUUCCUGUAACCAAAAAUAGAGCAAAGACAACAAUUCAUGCACAAAGUGAAAAUUUUAUUCUGCUUAAAAAAAGUUUUAAGUGCUUAAAAAUACCUGUUAGCUUGAGGAUGGUUAGCAACAUGACUUUGAGUAAAAAGGCAUCUCAGUCUGUUGGAUUUAAAAAUGGGAUUAACUACUGUUCAGAAUAAUGUUCCUUAUUGAAGCGACAGCAGAGAAUCAGAAACUUCAUCAUCAAUGGGUGGCUGUGAUCUUCAAGGCCCCUCAGGCAGCAGUGCACUAAAAUCAGUCAUGACUCUGUAGGGAAAAUUACUGUAUGAGCUGAAAAUCACUUCCAUUAAACCGUUAAACACAGUUUAAUCUACAAAUGCAGGUGAAGACUGUAACAUAAAAGGAUGGAAACUACAUGUAAAUAUGAUCCAAAGGGGCCAUUUCGUUUUGGAAAUCAUGGACGCUACAUCCUCCACGCCAAAGAAAAAAGGGACUACCCAGUGCUGAGUCCAAAUGCCGAACUGGCCUGAGUGCAGUCCAGACAUGUCAGCCAUGAACAUUUAACAUUUUUUUAACAUUUGACAUAUGAGAAAAUGUAAAAUACAACAAAGGAGACCUUAACCUGUUUGGCAGCUCAAAUCCUACAUCAGGCAGAAAUGGGAAAAAAAUUCAAAAGAUGAAUCAACAUGAUGGUAAACAUGUCCCUGUCCCAACUUUUUCAUGUGUGUUGAGCCUAAUUUGAAUUAAGCAUAAAUUAAGCGUCAAACAGUGAUCACAUUUUAGUCAAAUAUUUGAUAGGCUGUCUUUAAGACCAUUUUUGAUGAAUCAUGGGCUUGAAUAAUUUAUGAUUUAUCCAAACUUUUUCAGAGUUGGAGUUGUAGUCGUCGUGUACGCUCAUGUUUGCCUCUGGAGUUAAUUCCUGCUGUUUAAUUCUAUUAAAGUAGAAACGCUGCUCCUGCACUGAGCCUGUUUCCUUGUCCUCAAAGUUCAAAGUGUGUAAUAAAGAAGGAAAGAAGCUCUUCAUGUUGGCCCUCUAUGAGCAAGCAGUCGUCUGUAAUUAUCGCUGCUUUUCAUCCCUUGUAGCAAACACAACAAAUAGUGCUCUUGUGACCUGGCAACAUGUUUCAAGGAGCCCAUUUGUUUGUAACUUUGUUUGUUUGUGUUCCUGAAAUCACAUGAUGAAAAUGGGCUUUUUUCUUCUUCUUUCUCUUUCUCUUUUCUCAAGUGCAUUUGAAGUUACAAUGUGGAAGUCAUUAGCCACAAAACCCAACAAAUAUAAUAACAGGGAGAUUAGCUCUCCCUCAGUGAUUCUCUCGCUGUUUCCCUUUUUUCCUCCCUCUGUUUUCGUUGCUGGGGUUGUGCAGGAUUUUGUGAGCGCAGGGCUUGGUCAAGGGCGAGUCUUCUUCUUCUUCUACUCCUUCCCGGACUUUUUCUAUUUGUAGAUGUGCAUGCAUUUUAUUGGAGGCUUCUUUUUUUCUCUCCUCCUUCUCUCCGUCUUUCAUGCGGCAGUGGUUCUGUUUCCCAUCACGGCUCAUGAUGAAACCACAAGAAAGUGCAGACCCAUGUGACGAGAGUGCAACAGUUGCUUGGUGACAAGGGGUGUGAGGUGGGGGUGCUGGGUGUGUUUCAUAUGGGAGUGGGCCAGAAGUGGUGAUGGUCCAAUCAGCAGGAAAGCUCUUCAUUUUCUCCAGGACAAGGAUAAAACGCUCAUAUCCGCACCACUUCAAUUUAAAAUUGGCCUUUUCUUUAAGCUUGAUAGAUGUGUGGCCAUCCGCAAGACUCUUAAACGCACCAUUCAUCUUUAGGAUGGCCUCACUUAUCUCAGAGUCCUUGCAGAUCUGCUACUUCCCAUUCCCACCACAAGUGAAUGGUGCCCUGAAACCACAUGGAACACCCCCCUUGUCUCCCUCUCGUUGGCAAUGCGCGGCCAUAUUUACCAUCCCGUCCUGGAAAGCUGACUUGGCCGCAGCGGGGCGGACUGAUUGCCAGCAGCAGCUCGUUCCAAGCGGACCAUGUGCAGACAAGCUUUCCUUCAUCCAAAAACUCCAGUAAAGUUUCCUGAAGGAGGAGAGGAGACAUUUACAAAGUCAUUUGGCUCUCUCUGUUUAAAACAGUGGGUUGAGCCGCGCAGCAUGCAGCCAAAUGCAGUCAAUUUAAUACCCUCUCUUUUGAGAGGGAGAAGAUAUUUGAAGGACGUGAGCUCAUUGGGGAUGCAGUCAGCUGCCCCGUCCCUGCCUGAUGUUAUCCUCUCUGACUGGAGCAGUAACACUCCUGAUUGCUUUUGGGGAGCAGUGACUCAUGAUUGUGCUCCGGCCGCUGCCAAACUCUCAAUAGCAGUGUUUUCCCUCCCUGUCGCUCUGUUACAGUCACUCCUGGCUUCCAGAGAUCGUGGAGCUCUGUCUUCCUAGAGCACGCAGACAUGGAUAGGACAGAUCCAAGUACCAUUACAGUUCUUGAACUACACUGGGGCAGCAGAGGCAUAUGUUAAUAUGAAAAUAAGGGCUUCCCCCAUUCAGUACAACAAUUUAGAUCAUCACUCUUGAAGGCUGCGGUUCACUCAGAUUUGGCCAGCUGAACCUUCUACUUAUGUUUUUAAAGAACUGCAGAUACAGCAAAAUCUCGAUUAAGUGAUUUUACAGGACUACUGUCCUUGUCCCACUUUACAAGCACUGGGCACAAAUCAAGUUAUGGACAGAGGCAUGUCUACCUCUGCUACGGUAGGUGGCAAUAUGCAGCCUUUAGCUCAUUACAACUGGGCUGUCUCCUGGUUGAUCUACAACAACUCUCAGCAAAUAUAAGAGCAAGUGGCUAAAGACGUCAAACAUUGAAAAAACAUUCAUUUAUACAACUCUUCUUCCUAGCUAAGCAUUUACGCUACUCAUCUUCUGAGUCAAAGCCCUUUCUAUCGACUGUGUCUGUGUACUUUUUAAAUAUCAAACAUACACAACAAAAGACCCUCUGAAUGGUCACAACUAAGGGAGGCAGAAGUAACAUGGACAGUUUUGUUACCUGGUAAAAGUUUGUCUGGUGAACACACUCUGAAACUGAGGUUGUGGCUGCUGCGAGCACAAUAACACUGCUGGUGGACACAGGCCCUCAUACAGGUGAAAUAACUUUGGUGAGUUGUCAGCAGUUUAAACUCAUGAUUAAUUGUCUGGUUUAGAUUGUCGUCAGUGACAGUGGAUGAUUUAAAAGUUGUUGGCUGUUGGUAUUUUAAUGCUUUAACGGAAAACGUUUUCUUUAUUUGAACUUCUUUUUGCGCAGUAGUUUGAAAUGAAGUCUUUUUCCUCACAGUGUCUGUGUUUUGCUCUCCUGAGCAGGAAUAGGUAUCAUUUGGUCCACAAACACACAAGUCAAAUGAAGGAUCAUCCCCAUUAAAAUGAUAACAGGGUAUACUGAUAAGAAAUCGCUCAUUAACAUAAAUCCUUUUGGUAAUCCGCAGGCUUGUGGUCUAAUACAGGGAUGUGGUGUUUUGGUAAACUGGAACUUUAUCAAUAAACCCUUUUAUUUCUAGAGUUUUCUCAGCUGCAGACCUUCACUGUGGUGAUAAUCUGCAACAACUGAGACCUCCCGAGUGCUCGUUAUGGGCUCGCCUCGCCUGUCCCCUGGGUAUCUGUCUGCCGAUAACUUGUUUCCUCCACCUCUCUUAUCGCUCCCUCCUGUAAGGGUAGCAGGAGCAUGACCCCUGUUGUAACACCAUUAAGCUGUUUUUCUAAUUUUAUAGAGUCGUGUUCAGCCUCAGCCUCUCUCGAGUAGAUUUACGAUCCAGUGGUUGAUAUCCUUGCAUGCCGAGGCAGUAUUAAUUUGCUAAGAGAGAGGGAAGCCAUUUACAGACAAAAGAGUGGCAUCAUAAUUGCAGGAACCUGACACCCUGCAGCUCUUUGCUGCUGCUGAACUCCUGUCAGCCUGACGAUGAAUGGAUGAUAAGCUCGACUGCACAACACGGUCCAAACAACUUUAAUUAAAAGCAACUUUGGCUGAGACACCGAGAACAGCCGGGGUCUCUGAUUUACUCUAAAAUUAAGUGCUAGAAGUACUUUUGUGGUGGCAGCAAGAGGCCUGGUAUGCUUGUUUGCAUGCAAGCUAACUGCUGUAAAUAUCCCAAAGCAUGGUACAAAGUAUGGAAAGCUAAUUACUGAACAGAUUAAACUUUCACAACAUUUAUUUCUUGUUUUCAAGCCAACAGUUCAGCAUCCAGAAACUUUUUAAGGUCUUUACACCCUCACCGAUGCCUUGUGGAGGCUUGAAACCUGUGAAAUGGCAUCUAAAGGUUGCCAUCUAAAGACGGACCUGGCAUCACACCACAGAAGUUGCAUUCAAAGUCAUGGAGGCUAAGUGAUCCCCAGAGAAAUGUUUGGCUGUAUACUGGUUGAAAGGGAGGAAACAGAAAAGUGAAAAGCAGCAGAGAAGAAAGAGCAGGAGAGUACAGCCGAGAGAGGAAGUUAGGAAACACUGGACUCAAAAGAGAAUGACUGAGAGAGUGGAGCUGUGGAGCACAGCUGGCUCGCUGAGGGGUAUAAUGACUGUCAUAUUGCAAUGCAUUAGCUCAUACUCAGCCCAGACUGCUCGACUUGAUGAAAGAGGCCGGUCAUUGGCUAACCGCGUACAUAGCAACAAGAUCCCAUGGAGGCACGCCAAACAAGCCAGUAUUGUUGUUUUUUUUCCUCCAGAAGUAUGUGAUUGACAGACGUGAUGUAAAAUUGUUGUGAUUCCUCUAUACUGCUCCAGGGUUGACAUUUCCAAAGAGUGAAAAAUGGAGAACCUCAGAACAUGAAGGACGCAAAUUAGGACCUGUUCCUAUUUCGUAGUAUUCUGGUUAUGUUUACGUUUGACUCAACCUGUUGUUUUUAAUUGACAGCAGUGAAUUGUAGUAGUUCUUUGUUUGUGUUCAUUAGAGAUGCACCGAUCCUUUUUUUUCCCGAUCCCUGGGCUAAGCGUAUUGGCCUAUAUCCGAUACCGAUCCAAUACUACUGUUGAAUGAAUGAAUGAACUGUAUACCUUGCCCUGUGAGUGAAGGCAUCAGGCUUGACAUUAGCCAUGUUAAAAAAAGGUAACAGAUUAACACAGAUAUAAAUGUACGUAUUAUUUAUGAACAAGUAACAAAUAUAAAAUAUAGCAGCUGAAAUCCAACAAACAAGUGCCGACAUGAACUUGGCCGAAAAUACAAAAUAAACAGAAGUAACCAGUACUGUAAACACUUCAAAAUCCAAUAUAGCAGCUGAGAACAGAUGAGUAAAAAAUAACUUUGUAAACAUUUUGUGCGCACACCUGACCUGCUCAAAAUACUCAGUCAUUUCAGGAUUGACAGCAGGUUCUUUCUCAUGAAAGCCCCUGCCUUGGUCCGGCACCUGCUACAUGUUGCUCUGUUUGCAUUAGUAACUAUGUGGAGCAAAUUGGAGCAAACAGAAUCGCUGUGUUGCUAUGUAUGAUAUUAAUUAAAAGAAAAAAAGAAAGACUGGAUCAGAACACUGGAUCUGUGUCAUUUAUCAAAUAUCCGAUCCAGUUAUUUUGUCAAUAUCAAAGCUGAUAUCCGAUCCAAAUAAUGGAUCGAUGCAUCCCUAGUGUUAAUCAGUGGUUCUGUGUUGUUCUCCUGGUUCAGUUUGUGCUGUGUUUUCAGGUGUUUGAAACAAGUGAAAACAGCGAUUUAGCAGAGGUCAAAAGCUGUUAAGUAGAUCCAAAUGUCUCUGAUCAACUGUAAUUUAAUACAGAGGUUUUCUUUAUGGCCUAUGUAAGCAAACAAAACAGCAUCUCCGUUUUACCCAAGAGAUCAAGUGAUUUGUAAGUAUGAAACUCCAUCUGAUAAAUCGAUGAAAAUGUCAAACAGAAGCCUCACGAGUUAAAAACUAAAUGCAAAACCUGCAGUUCCCCCAGUGUCCACUAGAGGUUGGCUCCAAAGGCCCAGUCAGCUCCAUUAACACUCAUAUUAAUAUGUCAGUUUUUGCAGGAUAAUUAAACAUCUUCAGAGCCUGGUACAAAAGCAGUUUUUGUCUGAAUGGUUCAGUUCGUUGCUUGUACACACUGUAGAAAGGAUGAACUCUCUGUUGCUGUUAGCUAAGAGGCCUGUUUGCCUCUUGCUAGCUUGACUGAUCUCAAGAGUCACCUUUUCUUAUAUAGUACCUGUCACCGCCUCAAAACUGUUCUUUUGAAGCCAGUCUGUGAUGUCGCAGAUCCUAACACUAGGUUUUAAAAGUGAAAGUUCAUGGCGUCUCUUCAGGCACCAAUAGCUAAUGUCCACAAGUCUACAAACAAAUGUUGAAGAACCCGUAAAGAUGUAUCUUGCUCCGUCAACAGUGGUAGUAAUGACGAGCACCUGCAGUAUGAGUAAUCAUAACAGUCACAUAAUAAAGUGAUAUUUUUCAUGCUAAUGCAAUCAUAUAAAGAAUUCGGUUGUAGCUGUUAAACCUCCCUCGACAGGAGACCCCUGAGGCUCCAAAUGAUGAGCGGUGAGGGCUCAUCACGCUCCCAUCAGCCUUUGUUUAUUUGAAUUCUCCCUCACAGGGAAGAAAAGCCUUCCACCAGCCAUUGUUUUGCCUUGGGAACUAGUCUCUCUCUCUUUCUCACUCCCUUUCUCUCCCUCUGCCAUAUGGUUGUCAUACACUUCCUGGAAAUUCAAGCCAUGUUUGCUUUUGUUGUAUAUCUGUGGGGCAAUUUUUUUGGUGUUCUCCUACGUUGACAUUAAUUGAAACAAUACCGUGAUUGAUCUCAUUUUAACACGCUUGGCUAGAGCUGAAAUGAGUAGAGCCUGGGCAAAAAACGCAAUUAUACCAAACUUCCACCGUCAUUCCAAACACAUUACAACAUUUUAAUAGCACAAGAGUGUUUCACUGAAUCCAGAUUCCCCAUAAAGCAGGUCACAUGUGUGGCUGACUUUCACAUGCAUGUUUCGAAUCUCUUGCCAAGCUUUUGAUUUCCACCUUGCUCGACAUCUGAUUCCACUGAUGCAGACCCGAGUAACUUCUAACCGCCUCUAUCUUGUGUCUCUUUUCCAGAGUGUUACACUGCAAACGGAGAGGACUACAGAGGCCUCCAGAACCAGACCAGUCUGAGCGGUGGUAAACCCUGCCUCUUCUGGAAUGAGACCUUCCAGCACCCUUACAACACCCUCAAGUACCCCAAUGGGGAGGGGGGUUUGGGCAAACAUAACUACUGCAGGUGAGUCCCUCCUCCUCAGCUGACUGAGGUUUACAAAACAGUGAUACAAGAAGCAACUUUUCCCUGACAUUUGAUGCUGAAUACCAAAGUUGCAGCCCAGAGUGUUAUUGUAGGGCUGCAGUGCUGAUGGAACAGGAUGAAAACAUGUGUUCAGCUGAUAGGUUAAAGGCACACUGACUUUUUAUGACCAUAUGAAAUUUGUUGGGUAUGUUUGUGUCCUGUCAGUACAUACUGAGGCAAAAAAUAUGCAAAAAAAAUGUACCCCUGAGGCAGACAUCUCCCUUCAUGCAAAGUAGGGCCAACAACAAGGUUUUGCAAGCUUCAACCAAACCGUCAACCAUCUUUCACAUAUUUUGCACUACAUGCUAUUUACCCAUUCACAGUGAGAUGCCCUCUGCUGACAUUUGGUCCUAAUGAAGACAUGAGUAGGUCACAAAUUUACGGCUGUUUUUAAGAUAUUUAGCCGUGUAACAUUAUGGCAUAUCGCUUAAACAUUUAUCCUUCAUUCUGCCUCAGAUUUCAGUUUUUCUGUUUUUUUUCUGGCAGCUGCAGUUUUUAUCUUUAUGACUGAGGACUGAGUUCACUUUAUAUUCUCCUGACAAGUUAUCAGGAGGCCAAUAUUUAAGCAUUUGGCAGAUUAUCUGUACAGGUGCAGGACCUUCCUUCUCUCCAUGUCUGUUUUCACUCACCUUUGUAUAACGUAAGUGGAGUAUUUUAACACUGUGGUAUAUUUUCACAGAAGUGAUAAAGCAUUUCAUCUUAACAGCUGUAUAUCAGGUUGAAAGUUUCCAUUCCAUUCCACAUUUAAAAAAGGUCUUGUUUAGAGUUUGUAAUAUUUUAUAUAUUUACAUUUUACUAUCAGGUCCAGAUAUCCACUAACAACCAGUAUCGGUAUAAGUAUUGGUAUCAGUGUUGGUAUUGGUAUCUGUGCCUGUAUCAGUAUUGGCCUUGAAAAGCUAAUAUCAGUCAACCUCUAUAUUUUUACCAAUGUAUCCAAACCUUCAUCAGAUGAGUCUUGCACAGCAGGUCUUAAAGAGUGGCCACUGUGCUGACUUUCAUCUGUCCUUUUUUACAUUUUUAUUUUUAUCACUUAUUUUUAGAAAGUUAACAAAACAUUUUAUUAAUAAAGGAUGAGUAACAAAGAAACAAGUAUGAAAUACAAAAAGAAACAAUUUAAACAUAUAAGGGACUGAAACAGCCCCUAUUAUUAAAGGAAAGAAGAAGAAAACCCUAUGUGGGCUGCCUGAUUAUAUUGAGGUAGUGUAUAUUUUCUUAAGCAUGUUAAUUGUAUCUCUGACACCUCUGUUAACUCACCUUACAUGUUUACAGCCUCUUAAGACUUAAUUUACCAGAAAACUUUUGCCACCGACUCAAUUUCUUAUGACUGGCCAGCUCUUUAAAAGCCUCUUCCACUGUUCCACUGCCAUGCUACAAAGUCGUCAUCACAGAGUGAACCGGUGUUUCUCUAUUCAAAAUAAAAUAAUGAAACACAGACAUAUAUAUUGGCUCCAGAGCCUGACUGGGAAAGUUUGGAAAUUGUCCAAAUCUCGUGUCUCUCCCUCUGAUUCUUGCGUGACUUUCUGAACAAACCCCACGGACCACCCCUGCGGUCCCUUUCUGGGAUCACUCCUACAUAUGUUUACCCCACAACUCAGAAUUGUGUCCACAUUUAGCGUAACACCAUUUCUUUCCAAAAAGCACCUGUAUGUGAUCAAAAUAAAGACUCAGCGGCACUUCUUCUUUGUCCUAACAUUCUGGAGCUAUUUGGUUCAGAGACUUUCCGGAGGACAUUUACACACAAGACCUCAUGAGCACUGGACGACCUGAUCGAAACCAUCCAGUCUUAUGAAAAGACUCACAUAUGUGAGGAAACAGUGAAAAAGGAGGAGAAAGAAGGGUUUCAUGAGGCUCAAAUAGAUAUAUUUUUUUCAUAUUCUACUAAUCAUUUCAUGAUCCUCCUUAUUCAUCAUAUGACUUUAUGAGGAAAUUUCAACAUUUUGGUAAAAGAUGUCAUAGUUUCCUGCCAAGAGUUUGAUGAGUAGAUUGGUACCACUCUUAGGCCUGUGUGCAAUAUGAAGCUAACACGGGCCAGCUCAUGAAAUGUAGCACAAAGUAAUAAAGGGACAUAACUUACUAACUUCUGACCCAAAUCAAGAUUGAUGCCUUUAUAGUACACAAAAUCAAACUCUAUCAGUGACAAGGGUGAUGAUUUUUCUAUGGUUAAUUUAUGUAGGAUAUUAUCCCGUCAGCUUUCUGGUCAUUUAACCUUCAAGAAUUCAAAGAUACUUUCAUUAUCUCUGCAGAGAAGCAUUAGCUGUUCUGUGUUGUUUGUAUUGUAAGAGAAUAAUCUCAUUUUGGCUUGAAAUCCUUCAAACUCACUGCAGAGUCCUUAGUCGUAGCUGAAAGUUAUGGCAGCUUGUCUUUCUAGCAGUGAUCUCGUGUGUGUUUGUGACGGUUACAGUAUAAAGCGGUCUGAGUGGCACCUUUGAAACUCAUCUCUCUGAGACGUACUGAUGUUUGAUGGAGCUUUGAACUUCUAAGACAAAGCAUUUGGCUCUGUAAAUGAUUUAAAACCAGGUUGUCAGUGUUUUGUAGAGGGUUGAAGCUCAGGGGACCUGCUCAGACAUUCAACCCUGAAUAUUUAAUCAGUGGUAGCCCUGUCAUCCUCAGCAAGCUAACACGCUUGAGGAGUUUGUUUUAGCAAAUCUCCAUCCUUCAUCCCAGGAAUGUGAGGGGACACGGUGGCUUUGGGUGUCUGGUGAACCCUCAGUAUCUCAGCACGACUUUCAGACUUGUGUUUUUGCAGCAAGGCACUCUCUCUCCCUCUUCUACUUCACAAAGACAUCCAGAACAGUGGCUUUGGCCAGUUUUUGCCGAUCCAUAAGAAACAGAACUUUCCUCUCCUCUUUCUCUGCCUCCUCUUUGAGCCAAAGCCUCUGAAACAUUUCCCUAAGUCAUGGUUGUAAACUCAUAACGCAGCAAUGCUUUGAAGUGGCACUGGGCUGAUUUGUUUUUACUUGAACUGGAUGGGAAUUCAGAAGAUUUACGAGGAGGAUACAGGCAGAUGAUCGAGAGAGGCUUUCCCCGCACAUUAGGAAUGUCUUAUGUUCAACAAGCGGUUCAAAGUGGACAUAUCCAAUGUUUGGAUUUUGGCUGUCUUCUUGGCCGCAGAUGCAGUUAGCAGCUUUCCAAACUCUCUGACAGCUCGUAGCUUUGUUUCCCCCUGACAGAGGGAUUUCUGUCACUGAGGGCUGCAGCCACAGCUUCCCUCCGUCUCUCUGCAGCCCCUCUCCUUGUACAGAGUGGCCCAUCAGGACAAAAGUGGCCAUUUCACUCUGAAAAGAUGAGGGAUGAUAUUUAUGGCAUGUCUGCGCAGGGUCAAGUAUUCGAGCAUGCGUCCACCCAUCUGUGCGCGAUGUUGCAUGCACAUGUUGUGAGCAUGCACAUGCCUGCAGGGGGAAAGGGUCCUCCCGCUGCCGAGAAAUAUGUGUAGAGCCUGAUUUGUUUGAUCACAGAAAGUUGGCUCGCUGAAUCGCCGGAUUUGGAUUGCAAAUGUCUCGAUUUACAUGAUGCGCAUCUUGCAAUUCAAAUUCUGCUUCCCACAUUUCCUGACCGCCUCUGCCUUUCUCUCAUCUUCCUGGCUUGUCCAUCCUUCAACAGAGGCUUUGAUUUUUGCAGACGUUUCAAGCUGAAACUUCAAGUUCAAGCCAGGUGGUACUUCUUACAAAUACAAUUUUUACUUGAGACAUAAUGUAAUGUGUUGACGAAAAACAGAUUUUGAUGAUUUGUAAAUUGUUUAGAACUAAUAUUUGGUUGAAAAGCUUACUAAAUGUUUAACACAAAGAGUAAUAUUUAUUGCUUUGUUUUCGGGGUUAUAUACUGUGGGUGAUGAAACCCCCACAUUCUUUGCAGUUUUACACCUAGAAACAUUAUCCUGGAAAUUGAUGGACUAUUUUCUGACCCCGGCCGCUCCUCACAGAGUGGUUAACCUCUCCUCAUCUUUACUUCUUAGAGACCGAGCCUCUCUUGAAUGGCUGCUUACACCGGGUCAUGUCACUGACCUGUUGGAAAUUAACCUCAUUAGUCUGGUCAUGUUUUUCUCCAGCUGUUCUUUUCUAACAAAUGCACAACUUUUUCAGUGUUUGUUGUCCCCGUCCCAACUCUUUUGGAAUUAGGGUUGUAGAUUAAAAGGGGAGACAGGAGAAUGAACACCAGAGGGAUGGGUUUAAGAGUAGAGCCAGGGCAGUUUUGGCACGUCUGACCCCGAGGCAAUUGUGGUUUUAUGAGAUGAGAGCUGAGGCCAGGGCACAGGUGGAUAAUGCAAAGCUGGAAAUCACUGCAUGUAUUAACUUUAACACACAGCUCUAAGCACAUAUCAGAUGUUGAGAAGCAGAGAGGGAGAGGAUUACACACUCAGUCCUCGUCCUGUCGCUUGUGUUUUCCCGGUUGUGAUUUAGUCCAGAGGGCACCAGAGUGGUGCUGCAGAAAGAGCCCUAACAGCCCCCACAUUUCAUCUUUAUUGCCUGCUAUAAAAUACUCCAGUGAAAACAGGGGAAAAACUGGGCAGAGGGGAAAUGUCACAUUGUUCCCCUGCAAAAAAAGGAGAAGCACAAAGCCUCAGGAAAAGGACAACAGCUCUGGUGUCUAAGCUCAGACUUUGAGAGGCUCAUUAUUUAACAGUGAAUAUCACAUAACAGAAUUCAUUUCAUGACACAGAGAAGAAGUAAUUCAGCUACCUUUAGUCUGGUUUUGAGCCUCGGGGCUGAUUUGCAGUCGUUUGACUGGUUUAUUCUUAAAUAAGACACUUUUUGUUCUUUAAGUACUUCUUUGACCUUUUGAAAACACUUCAUAACUUUUAUAAGAUGAACUCCACACAAAUCAAUGUCCUGAUUUAUGUUUGGUUUAUUCUCCCUCUCAAUCGACUGUUCCUACAGGCUGAUAUUGGACCCUUUCCCCCCUGAGCGCAUUAGUAUGAGGGUGUGAAGAGCAUGACGGUUCAGUGGGUGGUUCAAUAGCUUUGUGAGCCAUUUCUGUGCUAUUUAUAUGCAGGUGUGUAUGUGUAUGGGAGCCCACUACAGCCUCUAAUGCUUUUCCCUUACAUAGAUGAGAUAAUGGAAAUGCCAGAGUGAAUGGUGCUCCUCAAGUUGAUUGCAAUUGCAUCCCCAUGAUGUCAGGUGCAAAUCUAGUCAGAGAAGUUGUCCGCCAUUUAAACGACUGUAGUGCAAUCCCAGUGAGCUGCUCCACACGACUGAAAGGUCAUUAAAGGAGACCCAUUAACAUUAUAGUAAUCUCGGAGUUUUAAAUGCCAAUAUAUUUCUUCUUUAAGUGUCAGUCUCUUGAAUCGUGACUGUUUUUUAACCAUGCCCCCUCCUCCAUACUCUGAUCUUCACUCUGAUAUAUAUUCAGUUUCCUGUAGCACAUUAUUCAAGGUUACUUCUUUUUUAAACUACUUUUAAUGCACAUUAGACACCUGUUCGCAUCAUUUUUGAUUAAAGCUCCUGUGGGGAGUUUUUAGUUGCUUAACAAAAUGGCCAAAAUUAAUAUGAAUGUCUUUUUAAAUGUCUUUUUAUGACCUAAAAAAGUAAACAGAGCCAUCGAUGAGGAAGGUGACACUGUCCAUUUAGUUAUUUUUAAUGUCUAAAAUCACUGACUGGGGAUAGGUGUCAAACCGAGUGAUUAGCUACAAGCUGCUGACAGGGUUUCCUGGAUGUUUCAUGACAAAAGAUCUCUACAAGUCAUACAUUUGACUAUUGUAUUAUUCAGGCGAUAAGGCGCACUAGGUAAUAUGGCACACUGUGAAUUAACGUGUCUAUGUUCACCCAAUUGUAAGCAUUGAUUGGUUUAUUGUUGCUAGAAUGUACUCCGGGCCCGGGGUGCCUUACAUGAAUACACUUUUAGUUUACGGGGCUGAUCAGGUAGUGACAAAGUGUACCGGAAUGCUCCGAAUAUCCAUUGAGCAGAGCGGCUUCGUUGUUUACCACACAUUUCUACAGAUUUUGAGCACAGUAUACCACAUAAAAUCGGUCAGUAAGCACAACAAAAAAAUCAUACACAAGGUGCUUUGGAUUAUAAGGCGCACUGCCAAUUUUUUUGAGAAAAUCUAAGGAUUUUAAGUGCGCCUUAUAGUCCGAAAAAUACGGUAUUUAAAGAGAGGCGUCUAAGAUCAGGUGGGGUUGUAAAUAGUAAAAAUCAACACAAAGUAAAAGUUCCUUACAGGAGCUUUAAAAGCUGUGUCUCAGCAAUACUUCCACCAUCCAGAAUCUCUGCGUUUAUGUAGCCUUUAUUAAAUUGAAUAUAAUGUAUGUUCAUACAUGCAGGAGAGGAAAGGUCAUUAAAAUUGAAAGUGAAUUUGAUAAUGUGCGUCUUGCCAUAUUUCCCAGCAAGCGUGACACAGUAAUAUCACAACCUCAUGUUUAGGUCAAGGGGACCGUGAGAGAAGAACAAUAGACAGUGGACUUGAUGUCUCAUCCCACACCCAACAAGCCAAUCGCUUUCAAUACAGGCAUUCAUGCAGCACAGCAGCAGGCAGCAGUUUGCAUGCUAAAUCAUCCAAGUCAAUUAAAGAGUCUUCUCCCAGGCAGUAAAUAGCCAGACUCUGAUCUGCCGUUGACCUCAAAUCCAAAUCCAGACGACCUCUCAGCUGCACUUUUACAUCAGCCUUUCCUUCUGUUUCUUUCUGUUUUUCUGCUAAAUGACGUGAAGCUUUCAUCCUUUCUUCAACUCAUUUAGCUAAACUAAAGUUCCUCCUGAACCUGACUGAACUCAUAAAAAACACCUAGAAGCGUGUUAUUUUCAGCACUCGCACACAUACUUUGAUGUGAUUAUUUUACAUUUUUAUAUGACGUUUAACAGUGCCAGGCGUUUUUAAGAUGUUCAUAAAUUUCCCGAUUAAGGUACAUGGAAAAAUGCUUAUUACAGGAACCUUUUGAACAGUGUCCAGCCUGAAGCAGCUGUUUUCCCCCCCUGUGCUCGGAUGUAAGCUGCUCUAGCCUUCAAUAGCAGGACUGUAGAGCCUGUGAGGCACAAACCCAAUGUGGCUAUAAUUGGCUUUGCACCCAAGUGUGUGGCUCACUGGAAGCGAAAUGAGUCAAUCAGCGUAAUUGUGCCAAUUAAGUGUCCAAACAUCUUCUGUGAUCUACCUCUGGGUAUGGGAGUGUUUCGACAAGCUCUUCAGCUCAGAGCCAUCUCUGACGCACACCAACGUGAAUGCAACCCCCACUGCAAACCACCCCGAACACACACACACACGCAUACACGCACGCACACACACAGGAGCAGAAAGUUUUAUCUCCAUGAGGACUAAAGUCUGUCGGUGCUGCUGGGUUAAACAAAUGGAUUUCCAUCCAUCGAAGUCUGCUCUUAUCUGCACUGUGGCACCUGAGCUAAUCUGACACUGUCUACUUUUCAGCUUCUGUUCCCUCCCUCCCUGCGAACACACACACACACACACACACACACACACACACACACACACACACACACACACACACACACACACACACACACACACACACACACACACACACACACAGUAGUACAUACACAGGUACCUCAGGGCAGGAUUGAUUAUGUUUCUCUGUCAUGCGGGCUAGCCUGUUCACCUCAGCCCUGUGGAUGAUGUUCCCAUGCUUCUGCUAAAAGGGUGUGUGCAGGUGUUCGUGCAUGAGUGUGUGUCCCUCUGUGUGUGUGUGUUUGUGCGUGUGUGUGUCCCUCUGUGUGUGGGUGGGGUGUGUGUGUGUGUGUGUGCAGAGAUGAAACAUUAGUUGGGGACCCGCGUUUUCAGAGAGAGGUUAGAGAGGGAUACCACAUCAUUUACUGAUCAAAGCUGCCGUUAGGUCAGACAUGUGAUGGGUGUUCCUCUGAGGAUAUUUAGUUAAUGAUGAUGGUUGUAAUUCACGUCUGCCUCCGGAGGGGGUGAUUAAAACUUGCAGUAAAUUACAAAAGUAGCUGUAGAUGGAGCCUUGGGAGUCUUAUUUCAAAUAGGGGCUAUUACACUUUGACACGCAUGAAAAGGAGAAAGGCAGAGAGAAAAAGAGCGAAGGUAUAUAAUCCAGUAUUUAGAUGCUUGGACUUUGUUUUCGCUCUUCGUGUUGCAGCAGUAGCCUCAGGCUAAACAAACAGGUGUUUGCCUUCAGUCUGGGUGGAGCAACAAACAGAUCAGGGCUCAUGAUACGGUUUUAAAACUUUGUUGACAUGGGAACGUUUCAGGUUGAAUGAAGUUCUGGCUUGUUUUGAUAAAAAAGGAAUAAAAUAUGUGUCUACUCGAAGCGUUCCUUCACACUUUACUGUUGCAGACAGGCUGCUUAAAAAACAGAGCGAUAACAGCCGGAUGAUUAAAGCGGAAAGCUUUGAGGCAGUUUAACUGGAGUUCAGCCCCCCUAAAAAGACUCUUUAGAGGUACAUCUUUGUCAGUACUUCAAUCUGAGUGUGAAAAGAGAGCAGGAAACUCUGGGUAUUGUUUUUGAUAGGAGAAGAAAAGAAAUGGAAACGCCCUUCACAACUUUGCUCACAAAAGGUGAAACGGGAUAGCGCAGCAGCCGGAGGCUUUGUCAUGAUGUUACAAUGAGGUGUGUCAAAAAAUGAAGAGAAAAGGUCUCCGGCAAUUACAGUUAGUGCUCCAAAAAAAGAAAAAAAGACAGUGUUAUCCAAGACGGGUUUUUCUUCGUUGACGGGGUGUUUUUUCCUGAAACAGAGCCCAACAAACGACACGAAUAUGAGCUUUAACUGCGCACCCGCUGCUCUUGAGAGUUUAAAAGUUAUAAUUCACAAAGUCGCAGGAUCACCCCGGAGAUCCAGAGCAGACACAAAGCUUUUAGGAAUUCCCAUCCUCAAUCCCACCUCUCAUCGCUUUUGUAAGUGAAACUGAAAAGCCAAAGCACUGAGGGGCCUGUCAGCCGUAUUAUGAUGGGUUCAAAGUGCCUUGAUGAGGUUCAAAAGAGGCAGACAAAAGCUCUGCCCCAUCACCCAUCCGAUUUUUCCUGGGUUGUGUCUGGUCCCGAACAAAGAACAACCCCCCUCCCCUUCAUGACCUCCACCCUUCAAAGAGUAGCUGGUCGGGCCCUUGACUGGCAUGCAUGGUCAAGCCUCCAGAGCGCAGCGGAAGAGGUUAAACCAAGAGCGCUAAAGGGGGCUGCUGGGAUGAUUGACACUGCGGGGAUAAUCUCCCUCUGAGACAUCAUUGAGUUUUCAGCCCUCAGCAGCAAGGUUUCCAGCUGAUAGUCUGUCACUGAGUUCUUGUUUUGCCGUCAUACAUCUGCCAUCACCUCCUUUUACCCCUCUGAUCCCCCUUUUUCUUUCCCCCUCUUGUUCCUUUCAUCUCUCACCCCUCUCAAAAGGAAAAAAGAGUUUCCAGAUCUUGAACUUUUUAUUGGUUCAGGAACAAAAAUGAGCAAUAAGAAGUUAUUUUCUGACUUUUCUGUAAUUGACUCUGUAAGGCAAUAACAGAAAAUGGUGUUCCUAACAUUUUUCAUAGUGUUAUGGCUGGUCGCCCGGUGUGUGCUUUUAUUUUGAAAUAUAAAACAGCUUGAAGAUUGUCAGUAACAGGGUUAAAUAAAAAACAAUUAAAGGAACAGUAAGAAAGUUUGAAUGCUCAAUUAGUGACCUAAAGAGGCACAAGCUCUAAUAUUGUUUUUAAAGUCAUAAAAAUCUGGAAAUGUUCGAUUUUGGAGGGCUACUGCAGCGAUCUUGCCAGCAGCUGUUGCUUCUUCUUCUUCUUCUUCUUCUUUAUCUUCUCGGAGAGAAAGAAUUAGAUCAGCAUCCACAUGUUCUGACUUUUCCCCCUCUUUGCGUCUGCAGGAACCCUGAUGGGGACGUUCAGCCAUGGUGCUACAUCGCCGACCAUGAAGACGGGAUCUACUGGAGAUACUGCGACAUCCCCACAUGCCAGAGUAAGAAAUUCCUGCCACUCCUCCUUCAACUCUCCCUCUCUUUUUCUCACUCUACGCUCUGCCCUUUCAUGCCCUUGGGGCCAACUCAUGGGCACAGGGGCCGGCCAUUUUUUCUUUUUUCAUUUUAUUGCUCUGCUCAUCUGCUUGCCUGCUAUGAAUAGUUUUAAUAGAAUGUAUGGCUCGUAAACAGCCAUUAUCAUCUAAAAUAUGCCUCUAAUUGCCUCCCGUCACCCCUCCUCCUGCCAGCCCGGGCCUGCCCAUACUUUAAUUCGAGCUGUCAAUCACUGCCUCUGUGUGUGUGUGUGUGUGUGUGUGUGUGUGUGUGUGUGUGUGUGUGUGUGUGUGUGUGUGUGUGUGUGUGUGUGUGUGUGUGUGUGUGUGUGUGUGUGUGUGACUUCACUAGUUUCCCCUUUGGCUUUGUAGCUUGUUUUGACAUGUGAGUGAUUUGGUGCGUGUACCUGCUCUGUGGAUGUUUUUGUGUGUUUUGCUCCCUCAUGAGUGUAUUAGUGUCGCUGUCCCGCGCAAAUGUGUGUGAUGAGUUGUUUAUAUUGGAGAUCUUGUGCUUCUGUGUGUCUUCUCUACUGCUUUGGCACACACUUACAAAGAGACGCCUGUCUUUAAUCCCAUUACUUUCAUUCUCUCCACCUUUUUAAUCGCCGCUGUUGACAACUGACUCGGGUGGAUCAGCCUACAUAUACACUGUUUUAACGCCAGAGAUGAGAAAUCCUGCAGAGGAGGUUCAGAUAAGAGAUUAACUGAAGGCAUGUUGUUUGGGGGAACCGUCUCACAUGUUUAUAAUGCCGACAUUGAAACAGUUUCCAGCAUGUGGUCUUCACUUUUCAAGCUGUAUUAAGUCUGAGGUGUUAUUGCAUACUUUGAAGCUGAAGGCAGCUGAGCACAUUGACACAAGCAGAGCGAAAAUAAUGAAUGAAUAACAAUCAUCCUCCUUGUGUAAGGAUCAACCUCUAUUUUUCUUUGCUGUUUUCUCUCUUCCUCUUUAUCUCUCUUAUGUCCUAUUUCUUUCCCGAACACUAUCGCUUCUUUUAAACUCCAUUAGCUUUCCGCCUGAGUCUUGCAUCCUGCAAUACUUUAGACAUUAUCAGAGUUUAGCUUAACUUUGGUUAUUCUCAGGUACAAAGCACAAAAAAGAUAAGUAAUAAAAGAUGCAGACUGUCUUGAAAUUUCAGAGCAAAGUGAAAAGUUGUACAAUCUCAAAGUGAAGUAAGACACAGAGCUUACAGGGUUUGCAGCCAACCCGUUAUGUCAUAAGCCUGUUUUCAGGCUGUGCAAAUGAAGAGGAGUAACAACCAAGCAUGCGUUUCCCAUCAAAUUGACUUCUGUUUAUUAAACUUUACUCUUAGUAGCUUAUAGUGUGAAUUUGAGAGAGCAGGGAGUGCAGGUACCAGAGAGUGAUCUGAGUGUCCUGAACUCAACAGCCUUAGUAUUAACAGACGGCAGAUUUGGAGCCAUUUUAUACAGGUAAAUCUAACUAUCUGACUAACUUACACUCUAAAACUCCUAUUAGGAGUAAUUAAGUGAUUAUAAAACAGACUGAAAUUAAAACUAAAACCUUUAAGUGGGGAACUUUUAGUUUGUGUCAAUCUGGCACAAAGCAGUCUUUGUUCUUAUAUGCUUGAGUGGCGUAUUAUGACCAAAAAUCUUUUUACAGCCAAAUUUAUUAUUUCAUGUGAAAAAUAUAGAAGCAGGGCUUUUCCUACCCCUACCCUGCUGCACUGGUUUUAGGCAUCAACGAUUACAAGUUCAAAACAAUCAAUUUUGUUUCUGAUGAAAGUAUAAAAGGGCAUAAAAAAGAAUUUAAGUUCAUUUUAUAAAUACAAAAACUUUAAGCUUUAAGUCCAUCAAGAGCAGAUUAUUUUUAUAUAGUAACCUCUGACAUCUGUCACCAACUUAUCUGCAUUUGUGCUCUCUGUGGGAGUGAUGCGCUGCAUACUCAGAAACUUAUAAAAAAGUCCAAAACAAAUGCAGCACUGGGGACUUUUACUUGAACUGAACUAUUUUGACUACUGUCUGGGAUUUGAUGCUAUCAGCUGAGGUAGUAUUGUCACUAUUUAUGCAGCCCUCCUUUUCAAGAUCAUAACAUUUUUAUUUUGCUGUUGUUUAUUAAACCAUGAGAGACUUGACCAGGACUUGACACCACCCUGCCUUUGCAUUUGUUUUGGACUCAAGCCCACGGUUCUGAAUUUGCAUCACGUUUCUCCUGAUGUUUAUUGUUUGGGCUGUUGCAGAUAGCUUUGCCCCUUCAAUCACAGCAGAUAGGAUCAGAGUCAAGUAACAGAAGUUGGGAUGUUCUGUGGAAAAAAUGAGUGAUACACUGAAUAAAUAAAUGGACACAUUUUUAACCAGAAAACACUCCCUGCACAAGAACAAUCAGCAAACAUAAGACAUGUUGCUUUUUCCACAGAAGUCUUUAAAUUGGACACAACCAAAAGUUCCUGAAUUUGCAGGAUGUUACUUUUUUUUACUGUUGCAUUGGCUCUAUGCAGUGCACCUGACUGUAUACUGCUAAUGCAAGCAUGUAGCAUGAUGGAUAUGAUGCAAAUUUGCUGCCGGUUGUUUGGUUUGUAAAAACAUGUUAAUCCUGCACCACAGCGUUUUCAGAAAAAGACCCUAACGUGGACACGGACUUGAAUUAAAGGUAAACUGUUGGACAUGAGGGUCCCACAGUGCAUGACAAACCAGAAAUUUGAAGCGGUUUGCACUUUUCACUGUAAUUGGUACCAUCAUGCCUUAAGAGUCGACAGACCCCUCCAGCCGUCUCCCCUAUUAUCCCGCCUGAGCAGCAUGCGUGACUGAAGGCCGCUCUUUUGAAUGGAGCACGACCCAUUAACCCAUGUGACCCAUCUGCAGCCUCUUUGCUGACAGCCUGUGUGUAUCUGUGUGCUUGUUUGUCCUUGGUGUUUGUGCGUGGUUGUGUUGGAGCUCUUGUGUAGACUUGAACUGACCUAAUUCAGACGAGUGUCCUCAGCUAAGUGUUUCUAGGCCGAUACUUAAAACCUUUGUGAUUUAGGGGGGAAGAAGAGAGCAGCCCAAACAUCUUUGUUCAGAAGAGCCUUAUCACUGGUGAAAUCAGGCUAUCUUUUGUUCCUGAUGGGUUUGCCAUGUGCUGGUUCAGCCUAGUUUUUGUCCAGGAUCCAGUACUCUGUAAUUCAUCUCUGCAACAUGAUGAACCUGAUUUCUAACGGCUUAGAGCUUCACCCAUAUCACAUACUGUCUUACAUGCAGGUUUCUCUUUAUGUUUUGGCAUUUAAAGUUAUGCAGAGCCCUGUAAUGUAAGUAAAGAGGUGAGGUUUGCUGUGAGCCAAGCAUCCAGUGUCAUGAAAACAAGCCCAUUCAGUGGAGACUGUUUCUCCCUGCAGGGAUACCAGGGAGCUCUUAGACACGAAUGCUCUGUCUCAUCUAUUGUGAAACCACAAUCGCCACGUGGUGCCUCACCUUCUGGCAGUGCCUGUUCUUAAUUUGCUUCGUUUGAAAGCUUCAGCUGCCAAGCGAAAGCACGCUGAUGCUCUCCCGGUGUCACUGUUUUCAACAAAAGAGUGAAAAACACUCUGAUGUGCCAGAGCGAGUGAAACAGUGGGCUUUGUUUUCGUUUUGUCUGGUUUUUGUUUCAUCUGUGCCUGCUGUUUUUGCUGAGGUUUGAUGGUUGGGAGAUGGUUGCAACUUACGAGGGUACCUGAAGCCUGCCUAGUGGUGUGCUCAAAGGAGGGCAGGAUUGCCCCUCAUGUGCCCUCAUGUCCCAAACAAAAACAGAGCAGAAGCUCUCUCUUGGAUGCAUGCAAAUUUGCUUUAGCAGCCAGUAUCCAAAAAGAUGAAACAUGACAAAGUGCCUCGUGGAUGCCCCUCCAGAGGUUAUAACAGAAAAAUAGUGCCCUUUGGAUGCAGUUUCGGUUUAUAAAAUUUAAAAUAGUGCCUUGUAGAUACUCUCAAGUAAAAUAAAAUCUUGGAUAAAGCAACUUCCAGAUGCUCCACCAGCAUAAAAGUAGGGCUGUUAAGUCCUAGUCGACUGGUUGACUUGUUGGUACAUGCUGAUCGUCUAUACGUGCUCAAUUUACAAGAAUAACUUUGAUUGAUUACAGCCCUACAAGUUAGAUUUUCUCUGAGUGCUGACGCCCUAUGCCAUACAGAAGGUACCCUUGUUAUCGUUCUCACCCCUGCUCGUCAAACAGCUUGAGCACGCCACUGGGUUAGCCUGUUAUCCAGCUGGGUGCCCUGUCAUCUUGGGUCAUGCCACCCUGUUUAGGGUGACACACCCUGCUGGAGCGCUCACUGCCCGGCAGGUCACAUGAGGCCAGACACAUAUUCUGACAGGGAGGAUUAUAGUGUACGGUCACGCCAUUUGUUGAUCGUAGUAAUCCGUCAUGGCAGCAAUUAUCAUGUGGUGGAAGAAUCUAAACUUCUCUAGAAAGGCGUGCUACAUCGACUACUGUACAAGUGGACGUUUCAACAGUGUGUCACAGCGGAUGCAGGUUUUUCAGGCUCUUCUCAUUUUCAGGCCACAAAAUGCUUAGCCAAGCAUAACUUUGUCAUAAAUGUUGUUGUUUACUGCGUUGAACUUUCCGUUGAAAUAAACCAUUCCUGCUCUGCUGAAAACGGAUGUUUCUGGGACCUCAAUGUCACCACGUUUAGCCCUUUAAGUUGAGAAACAGUGAAAGUAACCAUAAGGGGAUGACCAAAGAGUCUUGGAUUCAACGUGGUGUUCAGUUUUCUGCAUACGGUAGGUCCAUUCAAUACUGAUUUGUCUUCAUCAAGCCUCAGUGCGUCGGGCGGCUAAGGCUUAAUGUUGUCUAACUGAGCACUGGUGAUUCUAAUGAAGAGUGAGGAAAACACUAGCUGAGCCUCUGGCCAAACAAGUAGGUUCAAAAGACAGAAAUAAGAUCUGACAGCUCAAUCCAUUAUUAAAAGACUAAAGUCUUUAGUUUUAGAAAAGUCCGGAAGUCAGAUGUAACCUUGAAAGGUUCUGAAAACAAUUAUCCGUGCCUGUUACUGAUUUAUGGGGUAAAAAAUGUGGACAUCUCAAAGAAAACUCGUUUUUUUGUUUGUAAUAGUUCAAGUACAUGUACCAAAACUCAAAAGCCUCAGUGCUACAAGGCUACAGAUCAAAAUCCUUGUUUAUCCAACUCUGAACAACUCUGCCGAGCGUUUCCUUUUUCACAGUGUUCCAUACUGUCAGGACAUUUUGUUUCGUUUUGCCUCCUUUAAGCUGACAUGCGUUUGCAUGACGGCAUGCCUUGAUUAAAUUUGACUGACACAGAUUGAAGCUGUCAGGGUGAAGUCCUCGAGCGUUUGCCAAGACAAAGACACUUUGAUCAGUGUGUCUGAGAGUUCAUCACUCAGCGGCUCAUGACCGAGAAAAACUUGUUGUGCCACUGUGAUUCCCUACAGCAAAGAUACCAACAGGAGCUGUAAGGUUUGGGGGAAAAUACUGCGAGGGAUAUGUUUUUAUGACGAUUAGUCAUCUGAAGUAAAACACAAAUGAGACUUUCAUAGAUCCAGUAAAAUCAAAACAGGGAGUUUGUUUUAAAACAUAUUGACUGCUUUGCAAAGUCAGGAUUUGGCUACACAAAAGCGACAGAUUCAAGCUUUAAGAUAAAUGUAUAUAAUAGUUUCUGCUUUUUUCUCUUGCUUGAAAAAACAAAAUACAUAAAGAGCACAGAGGUAGUCUUCUUGAAAGUUGAAAAGUUGAAAUAUUGGAUAAUGGGUGACUCAACCGAACCUUCACUUAACCCAAACUGAAUUGGGCUUUUAGCCACCUGGCGAACAGAUAACAGUUCAGCUGGGCCCCUAACUAUGCAAAUUCAUGCAAAACUCCUGGCUUUAUAUCAGUUUAUUAUGUAAAAUGAAGGCCAGGAGGUACAUGGACCAAAACUGUGCUGUUGUUUUGAUCAGGGCUGAUAAAACAGGAGUUUAAAACAUGGGAUCCAGUGGAGGGUUUGCCAUGUCCCUCUAGUGGACACUUGAGGAACUAAAUCAUUUUACACAUUGCUUUCAUUUUUCAUACCAGAGGUGUGGCAAAAUUAAACCAAUUUUGAUGACUCAUGGUCUUUGUGCUGUUGUAUAUUCAUGUUUUACCAGGGCUAUGUAAAUGCCCACUACUGGAAUGACUAUUUAAUAAGUCCAUCUUGUUCCUAUGGAAACAUGUACAAGACACCAGACAAAUUAGCUUUUAACUGAGUGUUUCCAAUAGUGCCACCGCCGUCUUUUGGAUUCAUUACACCUCUUAGAAAACCAAUGGGUUUUUCCAAAAAAGAGACUACAUCCAUGUUUUAUACAGUCUAUGAUAUAAACUUUUUUAACAUUUUUAAAGCAUCUCUCGAUUCCUUGAUAUGUUUUGGUCCUCUAUAAAUAUAAAAAAUUUGGUUAUUAAGUAUUGAUUGAUGUAUUUACAUGUUAAUUCGUUAGGUGGGCUUACGCUCCUGUUAUUUCUUUCCUCUGGUAUGUCAUUUAUCAUCAUGUCCUGAUGUACUUUCAGACUGUUUUUCAGUUAUGUGUUGAAUGAAGUGAACAUUUCUUGCACUUCUCCCCGAGGCAAAUCUCCUCUCAGAACGAAAAGUUCAGGUUAUUUUAUCUUUAAACAAACAUCAUCAGAACUGAAAUAGACAUCCACCUGUAACGUAUAUGUUAAUGACCAGGGUGGAAGAGAGCAUGUUAACAGUAGUUCUUACUUUGAUGCUCUGUUAUUGUAUCCAACAGUAGCUGCAGUGUUUCACAAUGGCACUCAUUAUCCAGAGUUUCCUUAACCUACAUUGUAGUAGGCCUGAGAGUUUAAAUGGUUUAAUAUCUGACUUUACUACCUCACUUACUGUAGGUUAUAAUCUCUUCCUUUAUUGGAACAAUGGAGAGGACGUCUGAUGAGCUUGUCAGUCACCACAUAACAAUAGUCUCUGUACAGGGUAUGUCUCAUCCACCUGGCAAGCCGAGCUGCCACACCUUCACGACAUUAAAGCAAAGUAAACAUGUGUUUGGCAUCGGGUUUUAUGACUGAACGUUGAUGAAAAUAUGCAGGGACGAUAAAACCUCUUCAUUAGGAGUGAUUUAUAAUGGAAGUAGAUGUAGUUGAGAGGGAAAUUGUCAGUUAGUUUUGCAUGAGCACACCUGGUUUCUGUGUCAGGGUAGCUGCUUCUAAAGUGUUUGAGGUAUUUAUGAGUCAGAGGUUUUAAGAGUUUAGCUGUUUACCAAAUUUAUUGAUGAAUUCAGAGAUGAAAAACCCAAAACAAAAUGGAAAACCAAAACUUAAAAAAGUAGGAGGGCUUUAGCCAGAAAAUAGGCUGUGAUUGGGUGUUGGACAUCUUAUCUGUUGAAUGUAUUUUUGGGCUCAGUACCUGCUGGGGCUUCCUGGCUUUUUAACAACCUUGGCAUUAUUGGAAUUUAGUGAAUUAUCUUCACGACUGAAAUGUGGUACAAAGGUCUCCAUUAACAUCUUUUACAACCAUCUGAUCUUUCCUGUUACUCCACCAGCAGCUUAAAAUUGUUGGUGCUUAUCCAUCCAUGUGCACCAUUUGGAUCAGCUGUGGGUCAUAACCCAGGAUGCACGGUUACAGUUUUUGGGAUCCAAACAGUCAUGGUCUGUUAUCAUGCAGACAUCCCCGUAUGUAAGUGAGUUUAAAUGAAUGAGUGAAUGUGAAUGAAUAUGAUAAUCCAUGUGGAAAAAAGUAGCAUCCUCAACUCAAACCCCCAAAUAAGACAACCAGUACGAACCUAAACAGUAUAAGCAUGAAGUGAUAGUGGUUGCGACCUCUAUCCUUUUCCUGCUGUUUAUUUGUCCUAAUUGAAGUUAUCUACAUUAUUGCAAGUCUUCAUAUUUUCAUAUUAAUUCAUUAAACAUCUAUCUCUGACAAAAUAGCCCCUCCUGUUUCUAUGCUUGCUAUUGUUUCCACAGCAACAAUAUUUUAAUAACCCCACUUGCUUGGCAAAAUAACAUUAAACCUAAGAUUUUUGUUCAUCUCCAAGACUUGACAUUAGCAAUCUUUCCUAUUAUCAAAUCAAUCAAAAAACUAUGAUAAGAUCUUAUGAUUUCCCAGAAAAGACAGACUGCUGAAUGAACACUGUUUUCCUCAAAAUAAAGAGGGCGCUGAGAGGACGAGAACAUGUGGUACAUGUGGUCUGGAAUUUGAGACUGGAGCAGCACUGCCCUGCCUGAUGGCUGUUUUUGUCACCUAUACAUGGCGGGCUUUCAGAUUCUGAUUCCUGUCGUUUUCUCCCUUUUUUAUUGUUUUUCGGAAGCUGUAAAUGUCCUCUGAACAGGCCUGUAACAACUGUUGUCACAACCAACCCACAUGCCCGCUAAACUGCAGCAGGUUGAGGCAAUGCCGAUAGGAGGAAGGUGUGUGUCUGUGUGUGUCUGUGUGUACAUUUGUUCCUGUUACUUUUGACAGAAUAAAAACCAGUCAGAUUUAGAGCUUCAAAGUGAGGACAUAUUUUUGAAGUGAGCUCACUUUGGCCUCCGUCUAACCUUUUCAAGAGGCUCCUGUUGGUUAAAUUUGUGAUAACUGAGGUUUGAGGGAGGUCAGCACAGUGACUCUGUAAUGCCGUAGAAAAAAUAAAUUCUGUUUGAGGGAUUUCAUAAACUCUGAUCCAAAUGUUCCCCUGGUAAGUUUUCUAGAAUAAUUUAAUGAUUUCAUGUCAGGUUCAGGCAAGCAGAUAUGAACUUGCGAGAAGCACUGUUAGCCGGUGACGCUAGCUCUGGUAGUGUUUGCCAUGUUUGGAAAACCAACGCACCGUUUUAAUCUGCAGCUGAAUAAAAUUGGCUAAAUCCGAAAAUUCCUGAGUGUUUGUAGACUAGUUACAUGAAAAUUAUAAGGAAAUAAGUCACUUUGAGACAUUCCUAGACUGGAGGCAUGGAUUUUUUUUUUUACACUUUAUUGUUUCAGCGCAACCCUUUUGGCCAUUAAGUUGUUUUGUUUAUAACUUUUUAAUACUUUUUCAAACUUGAACCUACAGUAGAAAAUUUAGAAAAGAGAAACAGGAAAACUUCUAUUUCUCCUCCCUGUUUAUAUCAUAAACAUAGGAGAAAAAAACCUUCAGAUCAGGCCUUGAAAGUAUCACAUGAACUUUCCUCCUCACUCGUCUCUCUGGGCCUCUGCUGCUGAUGGUAAGCUGUAGUAAGGAGGUGUAGUUUUCCCCAAAAAACAGCAUUUAAUGAAAGGUUUUGACCAGAUGAUCCAGUAUGAGCAUUUCAGGAGGUUUCCCCUAUGAAAAGCUCUGCAGUCCGCUCAUUACAAAAAGAGCUUUUGAGAAUUAGAUUUGUGGACCCGACCCUCGAGGCUGGUGGUUUCAAAAAUGACCUGCCAAGAUGAUUUUAUACCAACUGAAUUAAUUCUAAUACAUUUUUAAUAGGAAUGUACCAACCUACUCCUUUCUAUAGCUUUUAUAGAAAUACCAUUGCCAGUAUGGGUUUAAUUUAAAAACUGGACUUAGUGGGCAGAAGUUAGAUUUCUAACAUGAGAUUUAUUAACUGUUCACACACAGGAGUAAGAGAGGAUAGUGACUCAGCAGCCACGACAGUUUCAUAUGACAGAAAAUGAACAACAUGAGACCAAGCAGAGACACGUUUUUUCUAAGAGCUAAUUUUGAAAGUUUGCAUCGCAGUCAUCUGUAAGUCUUUCAUUAUCCCUUUCACCUGCAUUAGACCCGUCCUUACCUGAGGAGCUUUGAACACACACUCUUUGUCAUCUUACCCUGACCUCUCACCUUCUCUAAGCUCCGCCCACACCUGCCCUCAGGGGGAAAUACCUGCCUGCAGUGCAGCGAGGAAGUGCUCAGACAGAAACUACCGACUAGAGACUCUCACAAAAACAAGCCAGAGUACAUCAGGUAGAUUUAAUCUCUGCUUCUCUCUGUGGCUCCUUCCCUCUCUCGACAUGGCUGAGGUUAAAUCAGCCAUUAGGGAAUUAAAGGUAUUGAUUACGAGGAGACCUGGCUGUGUAGACUGUUUGCUAAUGAGUACAAGUGGAGGGCUAUUGUUUAGGGCCUGUCUGGAGAAAGAGGAGGAGAUGAAUAGCAAAGCAACCAAUUUAGCUCUCAGGAAUGAGGGCUCAGAGCCAAAUGUAGAUUGGCAUGGUUCUGCACAGGUGCAAUAAACAUCAUUUUAUGGAUAUCAUUCAGCAGCUACGGCAAUUAAAGCUAACGGGGUGAGUUUAGCAAUUUUCCAGUUCAAACAAAACAUUAGAAAACCUUUUAGCAUAGUCGAUAUGAUUGAAGGAGACAGUGAAGGUCUACAGAGUUUAAUGGCCAUCAAGUUCUGGGAGUAUAGGGCUUUGAGUUGAAUGCUAACGUCACUAUACUGUCUCUGCAAGGAGUUGCUUUUAUUUGAUGCUUGAGAGUUGGACCCUCUCUCAAUGAAAAGCUGUUUAAUGAAGAGUUUACACAUGCAAUAGGACCCUAAUUUGCAAAGCUAAAAACAAUACUAGCUAGAGAUUCUUGCAUUUUUUCCAAGAGCAUCCUGAAUACCUUCAUCAAAUACCAAACCAGUCCAGUACUCAACACUACGGCCCUCAGUAAGACAGGCCCCCAUCUCAAACCAGCAGAUGUCCAUGAAACGUUCUCUGGAUCUCCAUCCUCCAAAGAAGAUUGAUUAACUUGUCAAGAGCAACACAGGCUGAAAGACACACAAUCUGAUGAAGACUCAUCAGUCAGAUACACUUCUAUGAAACGAAACACGCACAUUCAUGCUCCCCUGAGGAUGAGUCUUUUGAUUUCUGAUGGGAGCGCUUCAUUAAUCGAAGUCUCAUUUUAUGAUCAAAUAAAGAAAAGUCAAUAUUUCCUUAAACAGAGCAUGUCUUUGAUUAACAACCACAUGUCUUUUCUUUCCACCACGGAGCAAAGAGUUUGGUUUGAAGUCCCAGGACUGUUUGACUUUAGAAAACAACAAGUGUGCUGUAAUGGAGCUCAUUAUUUUUAUUGCUUUCACCGUGCCUUUAAACUCUACACCUUUUAAAACCCGCUCCUUGGACUUUGUGUCUUCUAUAGAAAAAUGUCAUAAUCAGGGUUGUUUAUUGUCAGCUUAUCCAGCUAAACGUUGAGAAAGUGACACAUUUUGUCUUUCGCAUGUCUUUGAAUUGAGUGUAUACAACAUCUUCAGCUCAUUCUUGAAAGCUCAGGAGUUUUUUGCUGGAAAUGAAGCAGACUGAAAUCAAUACUGAUCCCUCUUUCUGAACUAUAAAAUCAACAAAUGCUGUCAGCAACAAGAUGGACUACUUCUAAUAAAUCAUUUUUAAUGCUGUAACCAUUGCUGUUGGGCAGAUGCCUGACAGACUGGUGAAGCAGCCUUAUCUAAAAUUUCCACACCAAAGAUUUAUUGUGACUGCUAAAAGAUAAGAUAAGAUGAGAUAAGAUCGGAUAAGAAGAGCUGUAUUUAUCCUGAGGGCAAAUUCGAUAAAGAAUAGAAAGACAGAAGGAUGAGAUUUUCCAUCAGAGAUGAUAACCACAUAAGUGUGGGAAACGUGAGAAGAAGAGAGGAAGUAGCCCUUUCCUCAUGCGGGGCACCAAAAUUUGCAUAAAUUAGGGAUGCUCUGAAGUCAUUUUCAUGGACACAGAAGUUUAAAUUCUGACUCAGUGGCUAGUCUAAAGGCCUUAAAACACUUAGAGGCGGGAUGCUGCACUGCAGCUUAGACACAACAUAUGACAUGCAUUCCCACCCAACAAUAAUGAAGUAUAAAUAUACUAAAUAUAAAAUUAAUAAGUCAUACAACUGACCAUAAGGAAUAUGCCAGGACAUGGAACUGAUGCAGAACUAUGAACCAAGCUUAACUCUGAGACACUAAGCGUGCUGGCCGUGCAGUUUCUCCAUCGCCAGUUUCUGGUUUCACUACAUUCUUUGUUUGUCUGUGCUCAGGAAACCAUAAUGGCUGAAUGUAAGGGCAUCAUAUCCAAGUUGAGUAGUAGUUGAUAAUAUUGAAAUUGUUGCAAAGACGAAAAGCGAGAAGAGGGAACACACUCUGAAUCAGUGAAAGCAGGGAUACAGAAAACAUGUGAUUCCAGGAAAUACAAUUCUGUCCAGACCGAUCACAGGGCUUGCAGUUUGUGUUGUUUUGAAAUGCAGUUUUGUUUUUUUGGAGGGUGCAGGACAAAGGCGUGAGCACAUAAACCUGCAGAGUAAACUCUGAGAACUCCAAAUCAGGCUUGAACUGAAAGCUCCUCACAGCAGCUGUAAACUGUUGUUGCAAGUUUUGCUGAUAUGAAAAUGUUGAAUGUAACAGGGAAACACUGAAUAAGAUUUUCCAAACUGCGUCAUUAAACUUGCUCUUCUUUUUUCAAACUCCUUUCACACUUCCCUGUGGACUUUGUCCCUUUUAUCCUCAUCCAGAUAACCUGGUGAAUCCUCUCUAAUCUAGCGACAACCUUAUCACUCGAGGAGUGAACCAAUGGAAGCGACUUGCUGUGCUUAUCUGACGCCUGUGGUGGCCACAAAGAGUCUGCUCAUCUAUUUGCUACGCUUUCACAUCCCCUGGGACACAGUCUGUUUGGUUUGUCAUGGGGGGGAGGUAGGGUGAUGCAUCAUGGCGGCCAUUUUUCAUCCUCUUCCCCCUGCAUUGUUGGGCCCGGUCUGAGGAGGUACUAAUUAUUCAUUUAAAGCUCCAGCUCUUCUCUCUUCCCUCUAAUUAGAUGGUUAGUCACUCUCCCAGGGCCCCGGGCUGGGGGCAUUGAUCUCCUCCAUCUCAAUCUUGUUGUAACACAGCUCCAGACGCACACAGAAAUGUUUAAAAGAGGAUAAAAGGGGACAUGCAGACACAGUUAACGUGCAUGCAGCUUACAGUGAAGUCUCUGUCCCACACCAGCAAAGUCAGUUGGUCUGACACAGAUACUGCUCUCAUUCUGUCCAAUAAUAAGACCCUUAUUGUCUGACUGUAAACUGUUCCCAUCUCCAGGCUGGAUAAUUUAUCACCCUCAUAGAAAAGCAAAGCAUAAACGAAACAGAAACACACAACAGCAUCUCCCACCUCCUUCCAAAACAAUACAGCGUUUCCAGAAAGGGUCGUCUUCAGGGACUUUGUGGUGUAUUUCUCUGUUUCUCUGGAAGGCAAGACUAAUCACAGGCAAGAUGAAAUGCAGCAGCUGUAUUUGUUUUUGUUUAUUGAAUAUACUGCACUACAAAAGAGGUAAUAAAUGGGGCUGAGACACAAUGAGAGCAGGACAGAGUGGAUGGCCGGAACAGCAAGGGGAAAACACACACAAAUGUGGAGCGGGAAAAGUGUUGUUGCUCUGCUUUGUUGCAGGUCACAUUCUUGUGAAGGCCGUGCAUGUGAUGGUUACAGUAGGUGUGUGAGUGUGUGUGGGUGUGUGUGUGAGUGCUGAAUGGUUAACCUGCUGGCGGUUCAUUAAUGGGUUGGCAGGAUUGUUUCCAAGAACAUACCUGUGUUAAAUUACUCGCAUCAAGCCUUUUAGCACUUGAGGAAUGUGCUUUUAAGAGGCAGCCUCUCCUCCUUUGACCCCACAGGUUUAACAGUCCUGCUUUAAUGUGGAGGCACUAAUGACUCUUUUUUGUCUGUGGUUACACUUUAAUUCGAUGUUAAUUAAGCAGUGCUGCUGCUUUCAGGAUGAUCAUGGUGAGGUUUCUCUCUGAAUUCGCUCUUAAGAUAUUGGUCUUUUUAUUUCAUGCCUCCACUUAAGAUACUUGUCUCAUGUUUUCUUGUCUUUAGGUUGAAAUUUCCCUCACUGUAACAGAAUACAAAAGAAACUGCGUAGAUGUUAAACUUUAUGUAAGAAAAUAAUCUAUGAAAGAGUCCAUAUCCACAAACACUGUUCAGGACUAAUGAGGCAUAAAAAGAAAAACAUUUCAGUGUUUGUCUGAUCACCACAGAGGGCGAAGCACAAGAUUUCAGAUAUGAACGCAAAGAAUAGACAACACAAUACAUCAGCAAAGCGUGUCGCCUUACUUCCACUGGAAAAACAAUCCAUUAACUGAGUGUGCUAAAGGUGCAGUCUGUAGUAAUUAUUUGAAUUUAACAAUACAAAAACAGAGCAUAAUAUUCAUAAUAUGUAUAAAUUAGAGAUACACUGAUUUAUCGAUCAGGCCUAACAAUGCUAUUUUAAAAUUGAAGACAUCAGCCAAUAAUAAUAAUAAUAAUAAUAAUAAUAAUAAUAAUUAAGUAAAAUAAAAUAAUAAUAAUAAUGACAAUAAUAAUAAUAAUAAUACCUAGUUUGGCUGAUACAGAUAUUGAUAAAGAUAGAAACUUUAAUUUUGUACAUUUUCCAAACUCAUUUGAAGAAAACUGAACUUAUUCAACAAAAUCCUGAUGCUUGAUCCUUGAACUGUACUGAUUUGGUUUUGGUGUAAAUCUUUGAUUUCCUUGUUUUUGUGAUUUGGACUUUGCUGUAAAAAUGUCCAUACUGUAUCCUCUCAACAGACUGUAAAUAAUCUGUCGAGUUAAAGAUUACAUAUAAAAAAGAAAAUUUCAUUUAAUUUUACCUUAUCAUAUCUUUAAACAUUUUCAGAUGUGUUGUUGUCACAUCAAUUAUCAUAUCCUAACUUUUUCCAGUCUACAAAACAGGUAAAGACAAGUAAAUCCAUCUGAUAGUUUCCAUGUAAAGAGAACAUAAAAGAGUGUAAUCGGAGGAGUUUGGAAGUUAUUCUGGAGGACAGGCGUUUAUUCCCCCACGAGAGCAGUCAUUCAUUAUAGAAAAACCUCCACAGAGGAGAUAUCAUUCAGGAUCUGCGUGGGCGAUUUCAGUCGGGCCUUUAAAACCGGCUUUUCAUGCUCCCACAUCCAGAAUUCUUCAGAUGGUUUUCUUUUUCAGUCUUUUCAGCUUUUUUAGUGUUUUCUCAUUGAAAAGAUCUAACCAAAUAAAUAAAUAAAUAAACUCUCAGUUUCCUUUUACAGCUCAGUGUUUUAUGGUCCCUAAAUGUGGGAAAUUGGACUGUCGGUCAGGGCACAUGGGCAGGGAAUUGGUUUGACCCUAUACUGUAGGCACUUAAACAUCUGCAGACAGGAUCUUAGUGCCUGUAGGUCCAGUAUGUGGUCUCAAAAAGGACUUCAUGCUGAACAGCGAUGGUAAAAUACCGAAUGUAAUAGCACUGUACCUCUUUUUGUGAGUCAUUGAGAUUUUUGUGCAUUUUCAAGUAUCUUAACCAUUUUCUUAUUAAACUAUAAAUCUGUAGUUUAGGGUUAUAUAUGGACUGGGUUGCUUGGUACCUCAGAAAAUCUCCUUCUUGUCAGUCUAAGCACAUCAUCUAAACACGAGUUGAGAUAUUAUCUUAGACAUUAGCCCAUGUAUCAGACACCUUGAACACCCUGAUAUUUUUUAGAAUAAGUGAAACUCUAAGCUGUUUUUUUUUUUCUCAUAGUUUUGCAGUAUUUACUGCUUUAAGCUCCUCACAUUUAAGUUUUCUGCCUGUUGUGAGUUUGUAGAUCUAUUUUUGAACAUUUUGGGUUCAUCUGAAAAAGUCUGCAGACUAAAUGAGAACAUAUUGAAUCCCUAUCUUGUCAUUAGUUGUGAAAAAGUUCCUUCCGCAGCUUUUAUUUUGGUGCAUUAUGAAAUUGAUGUCUGAUUUCAUCACAGGCCGCUCUCCCUCUGUUGUUUCCCCUUCGUCGUAUCUCUCAUAAAGAGCAAAAUCAGCAGUGAGUGCGAGUUCAUUUCUCCUACUGAAACCCUCCACUGUUUUAGUGUUGAUCAUAAAACGUUAAAGGUUCGUUGUUCCAGACAGUCUCUCUCUCUCUCUCUCUCUCUCUCUCUCUCUCUCUCUCUCUCUCUCUCUCUCUCUCUUCCCUUCAUCCCUUGUCUUUAAAGUAGACAUAAGUGUCACGCUGUGCUGCUGGCUGAGAGCGAGUGAGAGUCAGGAGGGAAUCUCUUCUGGAAAGAGCGUUACAAAGAAAACACUCUCCUGUCUUUUUCCUCCGCUUCUUCUUCCUCUUUUUCUCUUUACCCUCCAGAUGGCAUAGAAAUUUAUAACUGUAAUUAUGUUUCCUUAAUAACAUGUUUGCCCCCUCAGCUCAUCAACCUGCUUGCAUGCUCACUGCCAAGUGCACUUGCCAAAGCCUGCCGCUCAUGUUUGAUGUUGUUGCUUCUAUCCUUCUGUGUUGUUCGUCUCUCUCUCUCUCUCUCUCUCUCUCUCUCUCUCUCUCUCUCUCUCUGAUGUGUUUUGGGUCGGCGCUGUUGUUGUGUCUGCUGCAUCCACAGAGGUGUCUCCUUCCCCCUGCCAGACAGACUCCAAUGAACUUUGUUGUUUAGCCUACUGCCUUCUGUCUGCAUUACAGUGGUGUUGCAUUGUGGGAAGGGUGACUGUAACUGCUUUGUUCUGAGUUGAAACAGCAGCCUGCCAGGUUGCGAUGAGUCUGGCUGCAGUCGAGCCUUGUUUAGCCUUGUAAGUGUGUGUGUGUGUGUGUGUGUGUGUUUUUCACUUUGUGGGAGACUCCCCCUCCCGCUGCGAUCUCCUGAGGUUUUCAGAGGUCUGGUCUUGGCUGACUGGAGCGUUUAUACACCUUGUGUUUCCUCCAUUUCUCCCCUCUGGCUCGUUAAAGUCUAAAUUCCUCCUGCAGCUUUGAAGUGUGUUUUUGAGUUUUUUUCUUUCAUUGUACAUGCAGUUAUUUGCACUUGUUGCGCCUGCAGAGCAGAUGUUUUAAAGAAACAACGCUUUGCUCAGGAGUUUUCACGCACAAACAGUUGACGUUGUUUCUUUUUUCGUGGGGGAUAAAUGCACACACACACACACAAGGAAUGUGCUCCAUCUCCGUCUUCACUUCCAUGCAGACCUCUGAGGCGGUUGUGCGAUACGACCCCACCACCUGCUGCUCCUCAGCCAGAGCUUCACAGCCGCUGGGACAAGAGGAGGACAAAGACAGAUAAAUUGACUGCAGUCUGCAAUCUUCUUGUCAAAGCGAAAUGAAAAAGGAGCAGUGCUGCCUUUAAUCUGGCUGGUGAGCCCUGCAGUAGCAUUUUCCCUCCGCUUCUUAAAAAUCUCCAUUGAAGUGGUGGCUGCCUGCCUUGCUCGGAGGGAGGUUGCUGGUUCCCGACCAGGUGUUUAUCUCUCGUCUCCUCUCAUCUCCCCUCCUGCACACUUCAGCGAGUUAAUCUAUUGCACACUUAAGUGAGGGGUAAAAAAGGAACUGCUGCCACAGCACUGUCAUGUCUCACCCUGAAAAUAUGAAACGUUCAUAUGACUGUCAUGUUUGCCUGUAACCUGUCCAAUAGACCAGCAUAUAGGCCACAUUACUGCGCUUUGAGUCUUUAAACAGCAAUAGUAAUUUCCUCCGAAAGCUUUGGUGUUAACAUGAGUGUACUUUUCAUGCACAAAAACCUUUGGACACUGUGUGAAAGGCUUGUUAAAAAAAAAAGAUUUUUGAUUUGAGAUAGUACGAAAACAACAUAUCAAAUUUGUAUGAAACGUUUCUAAAAAGUCGGGACAGGCAUGUUUACCAUCACCUCUUCUUUGACACCUCUUUGAGACGAGUUUCUGGAGUUUUAAAAGUUAAAUGUCUGAUUCUUGUCUGGUGUUGGAUUUCAGCUGCUAUCGAGUUAAGGGAUUCCUGUUGUCGUAGUAUUAGUUUCAUGAUGUGUGACAAGCCAGGGCUGCAGACAGCCCAGUUUAGCAACAGGACCCUUCUACUACUAAGCCAUGCUGUUGUGCGAAGUAUCAUAAUGUGGAUGGCGGCAUAUGUUGCUACAAAACCUGUACAUGUUUGCCAUCAUUAACGGUGUCUUUCCAGGUGUGUAAGCUGCUUAUGCUAUGCUACGCACAUCAUCAGGGAUGUUGCUUUUGAACUGUGUGCUAACCUUUUGUCUCUAUAACUCAAUAUUCAGUGUCCAUGGUGUCUAACUGUCGUAUUGGACUCCUUAGAGCAUGAGACAGUGUUUCUGAGUAAUUUGAAGUCUGUGCAGUGAUCACCACUACAGAGCUAUGUCUGCUUUUAAUGCUGAGCUGCUUCAGGGCCAGAAGAGGAUGGUGAAAUCUCAUUUGUACUAAGAUUUCUCCAGAUGUUUUGAAAGUUUUUGUGAUAUUUUGCGUCUAUGAGAACACGAGAACUACAUUUAGGAAAGAGGUGAACCUCUACCUUUUACUUCUAAAAGACUCAGCCUCUCUGGAAUGUCCCUUUAUAAUAAGCCAUGUUCCUGACUUGUUGUAAAUUAACUUUAUUAGUCGGAAAAUGUUCCACCAAGUGUUUUUUUUAAUGUUUUGUUUUCCCACUUUCUAAAUUUGAAACAAGCAUCAUUUUUGUCAUGAAACAAUAACAAUAUUCAGUUUUAUUGUCUCCUGUGUCUCAGACACUGUUUUCAGUUAAAUAAAGGGAUCAGAUCAAAUCUGUUUUGGUCAAGAUUUUACGCAGCAUCCCAUCUUUUAUUUUUGAUUUGGAAUUUGGGUCGUAUUACACCAGAUUUCCUCCUGUUGGGUGAGUUUUAGGUAUUUUUCUUCAAGCGUUGGGUCGUCUGUCAAAUACAGUUACACCAGCGGCUAAUCGGGGUCGCUGCAAAAAUCUCAGUGGUCACUUUACGGUCAGCAAAAGUGAAUGAAACGUGAGCAAUAGCCGCUCUCUCUCUCUCUCCGCUUGUCUGUUUCACUUUAUUUUCACCCCCUCUCCCUCUCCCCCUCCCCUCGCACAUGUCACACUUUUUCCCCCAAAAGCCUUCGGCCUCAUUCUUACAUAAACAGAAAGAAGCUGCAGCAUCUGUUAUGAAUGUAGUGGAGAUUUUUUUGUGGCAACCAAACAUUUACAUUGGCAACCCCGAAGACAAAGCACAUGUGUGGUCUUUGUUGGGGUUACUUCGGUUCAUGGAGGCAGUUUGAGUGAUGCCCCUCAACGGUGGUGCUCUAAAUAUUUUAAUGGAGUUGCAUGUUAAUCCAUCCCCUUUUUUUCUUUUGGAGGACACAAAUAAAUUCCAAAAUUGAAUCAUGACAAGCUUGUAAAAAAUGAUUCAAGUGUUUUUCUGUUUCCCGCUGCCAAGAACUGGGAGCCAGUUGUUCAGUGGUGGAACAGGCUGUCAUCAGCGGAGCAGGCAGCUUUCAGCUUACAAAUAUUUCCAAAAAGAGACUCUAAACUAGUGAUAAAGCUCCAGAGAUAUCCUGUUCUAGGACAGUGUGAGUGGAUGAAAGUAUCUGCAUGCUGUCAGAAAAGCAGGACUCUGUUGUUCGUGACAUACCACUGUGUACUUUAUAACUUCUGAUCAAAUAAAAAGUCUCUCUCCUUUUCUGUCACUGUGUGGAGAAUUGCAUUGUGGGAAAUUCUGGUAGAUUGCUUAUACAUUUAUACCUGAGUCAAGGACUGUGCAGAAAUAUAGUUACAGCAAAGCACCUCAAUGUCAAAAAUGCCCUUAUUUUCACCUCAAAUUCCUGUAAUUACAACCUUUGCUCCUGUAUUAAUUUAUAGAUAUCUGCUAAAAACAAAGAUAAAGAAGUCUUAGCCAGGAGUCCUUUAAAACCAAAAGCUCUCAAAAGUGAGCCAAGUCUGCUCCCGGAGGUUGUGCCAGCAUCAGAUUGGGAUGAUAACCUCUUGGUUUUGAGAUUGACUCAGACGUGCUCUUUGGAUCUGGAUAAAUGUUCUAUAAACAACCGGUGUUGACCCGCUGUUAUCAGUCCUAAAGAUAUCAAAGAGGCAGAAACAAAUUAAUUUAUUAGAUUUGUACGGUUUCUUUACUGAUUUGAUCUCCAGAUUCAGGUCAUUCUUAGUCCACGAGACCGCAAGAAAAUGUGAUUUGAAACAAGAAGCCCCUCAGCCACACUUUGAACUCUGACUUUGUCCUCAUUGUACUUAAGAUCCAACAUCAAAUAAAUGAAAAAAUCAAAGAUGUUUGCGAAGAAAUUCUUGUUUCUUAAUGUCACAUGCUUUUGAUUUCUGUGUCCAUGUCUCAGAGCUGCACUCAUGGCUAUUCAGGGCACCGCCUUUGCUCUUGUCUACACUCUGAUGAAAACAAAUGGAAAUAGACUGAAGAGCUUUCAGGAGGAGAUUUUUCAUUCUCGUGGUGGAAAUUGCUUUCACGUUGUGCAUUAAUUUCUGUUUGUCACAUUUGUUUCACAUCAGAACGUGGAAAUGGAAGAAAAGUAAGCCUGUUUAAACCAAAAUGAAAAACAAAUUACAUUAGAGAUACAGACUGAAGGAGGCUUUGUCUGUACUUCCUGAGCAAUUAUGUUAAAUUUGAAAUGCUUUGGAGAGAUUAAUUACUGCGCACAGAAGUUGAUGGGCACUUGCUGGAUUCAGGAAAAAAAAGAGGCAGAUUUGUUUGUGUCAACAUCUAACUUUUGUCUGUUUGGUCCAUAAUACACUUGUGACUAUUGGCCUACUUUUGUCAUAAACCCCAGGGUUCCUUCUCUCAAACAUUUGAGAAGCUGAAACUGUUAAAACCAAGAGGGUCUAAGGAAAGAUUGAGAAGUUGAGUUGUUUGUGGUUGUUGUGCAGACAGGCAGCAAAUCCAAGAGGAAAAACCCUGAACUUUUGAUAAUGAUGACAGUAUUGUUGGACCCUCAUGGGUUUAAACGUAAUCUACAUUCAAGCUACAUAUAAUAAAUAAUGAGCAGUGAGCACAAUAGUUGAGCUGACCCAAAAUAUUCAUUUAAAGGUGGUUUAAUUGAUUUAAAAAUAUUAUUUAUACAGUUAAAAAAAGAUUACAAGUUAAAAUAAAAUAUAAGUGUGCUUAUUUGUUAUCGUGACUAAACUGAAGAUUAAUGUUGGGGAUGAUUUUAGACAAGGUAAACAGGUCUGUAAUUGAUACACCUUUAACCAAGUGUACCGGGGGGUUGGGGGGACAAUCAUCCCCUUGGUGACCUCUGGCUUUGUUGUAUUGACAAAAUACAGUAUAAUACCAUUCACACUGGUGCCUUUUCAGUGAAACCCUCAAAGGUGCCUUUACAGUGGAUAAAUGUAAAGACAGCACCAACUUAAUGCCCCUGUAGUGGACAAAAUGUUAACAAAGUUCCCUCUGGAUCCUUUUAAAGUGAAUAAAAUGUAAGAGAAAAAAGCACCCUUUGAAUGCCCUAGUAGUGAGUAAUGUAAACAAAGUGCCCUCUGGAUCCUUUUAAAGUGAAUAAAAUGUAAGAGAAAAAAGCACCCUUUGAAUGCCCUAGUAGUGAGUAAUGUAAACAAAGUGCCCUCUGACUGCCUUUUUAGAGGUAAUUGUAAAUAAAUGGCUUCUGGAAGCCUUUCUAAUAGACAAAAUGGAAACAAGACUCACCAGAUACACUUUUAGUGGAUAAAAUGUUAAAAAAAAACAAAACAAAAAAAACACCCUCUUGAUUACUUUUAUGUAAAAUGUAAAUUAAGUCCCCUCCUGGAGGCCUUAUUGUGGACUUAACUUAAACAAGUGUCUAAUUGUGGAUAAAACCUAAAUUAAGGAUCCCCCUGAAGCUCAUAUUGUGGACAAAAUUCAAAUAAAGUGUCUUUUGAGUAUCUUUGUUGUAGGUAAAUGUAAAAAAAAUACCCUCCCUUUGCCCUUGUAGUGGACAAAGUGUAGACAAAACACCUUUUUGGUGCAUUUGUUGAUGCUAAAAUGAAAACAUAGUGACCUCUGGAUGCCCUGCUGUGCUUUUCUAACAGCUUAAGUGCUGCAUUGCUUUUCAGCUACUAGCCUUUUUAUACCAAUUCCCCCGUACCCUUUCUCCUUGUUUUGUUUUCUUCAGAGAUCAAAUUGUUGGCUUGGCUGUAAGCAAUUUACACAAAAGCAUGCAUGAACUUUUGAAGUGUGUCAGCGUAGAUCUCCUUUAGGGGUGUGUCUCGGAGGCAGAGUGCUAAUCACAAACAUGACUAUAAACUACGAGGAAGUCACGCAGAGUUGCUUGCAGUUCAGAGAAAAUAUACCAGUGACUGCAGUUGAUGAAGAAGAAGAAAAGUCUGGAUUAACUGUGUCUGAAUGACGCAAAACAACAAUAAUCUUCAUGCAGGAAAGGUUAAUUAACAGCAUUUUGUUUUUAAAUGUUAUUUUGACCUCUCUCUCUUUUCUUCUCUCUCCACAGUGCCUGGGAACUUAGGCUGCUUCAGAGACAGCGGUGACCCACCCACUCUGUCCGGCACCAGCGAGACCUCCAAUAAACUCACCAUACAGAACUGCAUAAGCUUCUGCAGGAAACAGAGAUACAAGGUAAGACUGGGAAGUGGAGAAGACAAACAUAUUAGAUAUCUAUUCAUAGUCAGAUAAGAGUUGGCAGCCUCUGCGAGGAGCAAAUAUUAAAAACCUGAAGAGAAAGGAUGACUCAAAUUUAAGUACUGCCUCUAUUAUCUUGGCACUGACGCUGGAAAGUUUAAAGUUACCCUGAGUGGAUGAAAAAGCACCCGGUCAAUUGCCCGUGUCACGUCUAAAAUGGACACGAGCUGUCUCCUGCAAUAAUCAGGCUUUUAUGUAAAUCAUCUGCACUUAUGGGCAGUUUCCUGACAGUUAUUAUCCUGAUGCCCACUGCAGUCUAUACCCUCUUUAUUCAGCCAUCAAAGUCCCUUUUUCAAACCAACCAGCAGAUGACAAAUCAUCACAGCAAUCAAGGCUGACAGCUGGAAAUGAAUGGUUAUUAGCCCAAUGGGCACCUCCUCCUCAAUGCAUUUUCCUCAUCUCUGAGUCUGGCAUGCUAUUGUCCCGACUCUAAACAGUGCCAGGUGUUCACUUUCUGUCUCAGCAGAUCCGCUUCAUCUCUGUCUGAGCUGACAGAUACUGACAGCCCCCCACCCUCCCCCUAUUACUUCAGCAGAUGUUACAGGAAGUGGUGGCAGAUUGGCAUCGUCUGCCUACCCUUGGACUGUCACCGCUCCUAAUGUGCUUGUGGAGCGUCAGCGCUCCAAAGUUUGGAUCCCAGAUGACUUUAUGACAAAGAGCAUGCCUGAUGAGUUAGACAGUGAUCUGUCACUUGUUUGCUCCUCCAGAAGUAUGCACGUUGGUGUUACUUCAUCAGAAAGAAUAAUGCAACAUGUACGUGGCUCACAAGACACGUGUUGGCGAGAGCAGAGGCUUGUUAAAUUCCUAUUCAAUGAGAAGAGACGCAGAGUGGGAAAUGAUGCAGUACCUUCAGUUGUGUGAAUUCAUGUAAGGCCUGAAAAUUGGACAAUGGUGUCCUUUUUAAAUGGCGGACAAUAGCUCUUUUGAGAACAAGCAGCCAGUGAUGGCGAGGUCACGAUGUGUGAACGUUUUUGACGUUUCGCAUUCUUGCUCCAACGCUCUCAGGAACACUUCACCAACAGUUUUGAUUCAAAAGAUUGAUAGGUGCUCUUUGUGUUUGGCUUAUUUGUUCACAAUGUGCAGCUCAGUGUCCAAUUAACUGAGAGGUUGUGGCUGCCCAAACCAAGAACACAGCCUCAUGUCAUCAUUAGAGACAGAGCGGUUAAUAUAUUUUAGACCAAGGUCAAUUUGAGAAGGAGCCACAUACAGUGAACUGUUUAUUGGCUCAAUCCCAUCUCCACUCUAGAGCCAAAGCACUGAACCCUCACUGACUUGAAUAAUGGGAGCUUUUUUUGUGUAUGAGUGUUUGAGGGCUGAAGAUGGUGUAAAAGUGCAGACUGGGACACGUCAUCAUGACAUCACCUGUAAAUAAAAUAAGCUCUAAAGUAAUAUGAAAAUUUUAGUCCUCAGAUGUCUAUCUUUAAACAUGCUGUGAAAAACCUCAGCAGUUACUCAUGACAUGUUGUCACCACAGACUGUCUCCCAUGGGUGUUGACAUAAUGAGCUGGUGGAGCCGAGGCAAAGGCAGAUGUGAUUUGGCUAAUGAAGCUGGACAACUGACGUCACAACACUUCUGCUAACCAAAACACACACCUAACUUUUUAACUAACUUCAUAGAUCCUUCAAGUUAGAGCAGUGUGAGUUAUUUUUUAAUGAGACUGGAGUUUUGAACUUUACAAUACCAGGAGAAAUCAGAUGAUAAUAAUACCACAGAACCAAAAAAUGAACUCCUGGGCAUUUUGAAUGGUCAGUAGUAUGGAGUGAAAGAUUGACUGUGUUUGUAUUAAAUAAAAAUGGCGUGAAUAAAGAGGACUGGACACUGAAAGGGUACAGGUAAUUGUGUCUCCACUGGAACUCAACUCAAAUUCCCACUAGUGACACAAAAUCUAUUCAGACACUGAGGACUUAAGACUCAACUUGGCAUCAAAGUGACUCAACUACAACAAUGCCUUGUAAUCAAUAACAUGUGAACAAAGUGCUUCUUGAUACCCUCCUCGACGAUAAAUGUAAAUGAGGUGCCCUCUGGGUGCCCUUAUAGUGGAAAUAAAAGAAAAACAAGUGUACCUUUGAUUCCUUUAUAGUAGAUUUAAUGGAAACACACUGCCGUAGGGAUGCCUUUAUCGUGGACUUGAUGUAAAUGAAGUGCCUCCUGGAUGACUUUGAAGUAGAAAAAACACCCCCUGGAUGCCCUUGAAGUAGACUCAAUGUAAACAGGGUUAUAUUGCAGGGUUUUUGUAUUGUCUGGGUUCCUUAUGACAAAUGAAAAUGGCCCUCAAUUCUGGGGCCUUGUUUAAACUGAGCUUUUAUUUUUAUUUGUUCUUAUUUCAGUGUGUUGACGUUCUGUGCUUUAUGACUAUUUGUCAAAGCACUUUGUAAACCUCUGUUUUUUAAAGUGCUAUAAAAAAAAGGUAUUAUUAUUAUAAAGACUUGCUUUUUUGAUGCCUUAAUCGUGAAAACAUGUAAUUUAAGUGCCUUCUUGAUGCCCCUCAUAGUGAAAACAAAUGUUAACAGUGUUCUCCUUAGAUGCACUUGUUGUGGAUAAAAUGUAAUUGCAACUUUGAUUUUUGUUAUUCUAGCCUGCAAACAGUACUGGUGCCGAAAAAGUCAUUGAACACAGACCAACAUUUGACACACUGUUGACUGUACUCAAAGACUCAAUAAGAAAGAUUUUAAGUGUUUAGGUUUUCAAGAGUUAUCCUGUCAAUCAGAUGUGUCUUAGGUUGUUAUGGUUACAGGAAGUGUUGAAACACAAAGUGAGUCCUUGCAAAUGCAGCUUAGCUCAUCUUUUUCCAUCCGAUGCAAAAAUAAUCUACAGAAAUGUCACAAAGGUACUUAGAGAAGAUGUAAUUGGCUGCAAACUGCUAGUUGACAGGGUCACCAUUCACACCAAAACACCGACUCCAAAACACUCACUAAUGUUUUUCAGUAAACCUACAACAUACAGCAUAAUGACCUGUGGGUUAUCUCCAAGGUCAUAAAGUUCACCCUAAACUCUGGGCAAGUCUCACAAGAAGUGAGUAAUUUGGCAUUUUAAAGUUUGUAUUACAGCCCCAUCAGAGAUGAUUUGACUGUAUGUCAUCCACUAACACCAUUAACCAUAACAUGCUGCAAAGUCUGUAAACCUGUGAGAGCUGAGUUCAGUCUAAGUUGAUAGAUGAUACACAAACAAAUGUUAUCUGUUAGAUUGUUUUAAACUUUUGAAAACUUAUUUUACUGCCAUGAAAAGCUGAAACAUUAAAAAAAGGGAGACAUUUGGAUAUUUUUUAGUAGAUGACAGGACAGCCAAAGUUUUCUGCUGCUGUGUUGAUCCCCUCUGUGUUUGUCUCUCCAGCUCUCGGACAAAAUGGAUUUAUGGUGAAAAGCAUUAUGGGAGGCGUUACUCAAAGUUUGUUUUGCAUUGCUGAUGCAAUGAUUUGCAUAAACCUUUUGGUGUUUUUCCAGCUUGCCGGUAUGGAGUCGGGAUACGCUUGUUUCUGUGGCAACGAGGUGGACCUGCGUGACCACGGCGAGUCACCCAGCAUGGAGUGUAACCAUGUUUGCUUCGGUGACCACACCCAGCCCUGCGGUGGAGACGGCUGGGUCAUCAUCUUUGACAGUAAGUGUGUUAACAGACGGCGCUUUUGGUGUGGUCCUGUGAUCUCUAACUUUCAUUUCAAUAUUUGCUGAGCAAUAUAAGAUAAUCCACUCUGACAAACACAUGUGUGUCCUUGAUAAUAGCUCUUUGUGCACCGAGCCUACACUGUAUGAUAACCUAAGGUAGGAGCAGGGCUGCUAAUCCUUUCAUCGUGUUAACACCAUUAAUCAAACAUGUUUUGUUGGAUCAGGCUCCUGCUCAGCACCAGAGGGCACAGCAAUACAUUUUCUAACCAUCAGCACCCCCCACACUGAUACACAUAAACACAUCAUACUAUAGUUAGCUUUCGUGGAAAUGUGGUCUCAAAGCAGCACUUUAAAAACUGAUCAACUUCUGUUUCUCAAAGACUUUGAUGCUCUGUCUUUUAGCGAGAGUCGGGGCCUGCGGUGGGAACUACUCCUCUCCAUCAGAAGUCAUCUACUCCCCCGAUUUCCCCGACAAGUAUGGUGCUGGUCGUGUCUGCUACUGGACCAUCCAGGUCCCUGGAUCCUCUGCCAUCCUUUUUAACUUUACCUUCUUUGACAUCUCGGACCAGACGGACAUGGUGGAGCUGCUAGAUGGUUACACCAACCAGGUGUUGGCACGCUUUGACUGGCGCAGUCCACCAAGAGAGCUAGUGAACAUCACAGGAGACUUUGUUAUCCUUUACUUCUACUCGGACCGCACCAACCAGGCUCAGGGAUUCGCUUUGCUGUACCAAGGUAGGGUGUCGCUCGCUAGACAAAACUGUGUGUCACUUUAAAUGUUUGAGAUCGAGCACUCACACUGGGCACUGGACUGUUUUGGUCUUUUGAAGCCAGAUAUGAUGAUGUUUGGACAAAAGGAAGGAGCUAAAGAAGGAAGAGGGAGUGAAAUCAGAGUCUGUGCUUAGCAGUCAAACCACUGGCAGUCAAAUUAGCAAGUUGAAACUGUGUAAUACCGAUACCUACUGAUCAAUACUCACAAACACAAGACAUUGCUUGAUUUGCAUUUUCUAAAAUAGCUGAAAGUAGAUCUCUGAGAUAGAUUUUCAGUACAAUAACCUGCAGAAUAAGCCAACAUGUUUGCCUGAUAUUUACAUUAAAAAAAUCUGCAACAGGCACCAAAAAUACAUGGAGUGGCAUUUGCAGUGUUCUGUUGAAGUUCAGGUUUAUUUAUAGUUGAAUUUGGUGACAUUAACAAAAUCCACUCUUGCACAGUUGUCACGUCAAAAGACAUGAAACUCUUUACGAUCAUGCUAUAGAGUUGAGGAUAUCAUAUCAGGCUAAAUGGGGAUCAACUCGCCUUUGGGGCCAGCCUCAAGUGGCUACUCCAGGAACUCUGUUGCUCUUCCAUGUUGGCUUCAUUUUCAGGCCCGGAGGUUGUUUCUCACCUCAAGCCAGAUUUGCAUGAUCAGGUGCGUGCCAACCUGCUGGCUCCAUGCUGGGGUUUUGCAUAGCAGCCCCGGUUGCUGGCUCCGGCGCAGCAGUUGUCACACCACUGGCAGGCCCUUUUCGCUUCUCACUUGCUAGUCGACGUCUCACAGCCCCAGGGUGAUCCUGCGCAUUUAAAUAAUGUUUUGUUUUUCGAGGAACUCGCUCCCUUAUCAAACUGCAGCAGACUGCUCUGCUCCACCAGAGUGUUGCUCAGGGAAUUGCACAGCCAGUCUUAUGCUACCUACAUAUAAAAUACUGUGAUAUGAUGCUUUUCACCCUCUGAUAGCAUGAAUUCACAACCCAACUAAUCCAAGACCUCGUAGCAAAUUAUUUCCCACGCCAGACUAAUGUGAGAAAUGUGAUAAGAUUAAAGUAGAGCGAGAAAAGCUGUCCUCUGCUGCUUCGCCAUUUCUCUCUCUUAGAGUAUAAGAAUGAUUUAAUAGAUUAAUUUCUAGAGGUGUGAGAGAAGCAUGUGCUGAUAUAAUUCAGUGUAGGUGACAUUCAAGCUCACAGCCCGUUAUGCUGCGAGGUGUCCCACUCCUCCCUUUCUCCUCCAUUUGUUAUAUUUCUCGCCCGCUGGCGUUACAGUAAAAACAAUAUUCAAAGGUCAGAAUUCUCUUAACCUUCGGAUAGACACGAUCCUUGCUGCACUGCAUCUUGGUUCUCGUUUUUGAGUGAGGCGUCAUGUAGCCAAGAAAUGGAAUCUGAGAAGUAAUUUAAGAAAAGGUCAACCCCUGAAUGAAUACAUUUUUUUACAGACGGAUAGGAGGAAAAUAAAAAGUCGUCCAAAUUCAGAGCGAAAAAGACUGAAACUGAGAGAAGUAGACGACACUCAGACUGAGUAUCCUCACAGAAUAUCUCUCCCAUGGCACACUGAGUGGUCGAAACGGUAAUUUCAGGAUAAACGCUCUCAGAUGACAGAGACGGCAGAGCUGAGCCUGGGUUUGAAGUGUGGUAUUUUGUUUGCAAAUGGGGAACAUGUGGGGAGUUGUGGGAACAUCACAGUCAGGUUGAGUAAUUUUAUAAAAAGAGAGAGAAAAAAGAAAAAGAUCCCACACUGCUUCAGGAUUCAACCACCAUUCAUGGAAGAGUGGAAGAGGCCUGGAUCAAAUAGUGUUUGGGAGUCGUUCUGGGUGUUUGACUCAACAAACCAGGGCCAAAAAGUGGGUGGAGUUUAACCCCUGGAUCUGAGUGCAGCUCAGCAAUAGGAGCAUGUAAGUCCUCUAAAGCAAAGCCAAAGUUUGUAUAGAGCAGCUGUAUGAUUGAAGCUACAACAAGGCUGUCAAAUAAGUAUGUUUCUAAAUGCUGGGUUUCAACAGUUCAUCACAAUUGAACUGUUUCUAAAGAUCUGUACUGCUUUCAAAAGGUUCACUCGCUGAGGUCCAGAAAAUUCCUGGUUAAUGCAUCAGCAUUCACACUUUUCAGGAGAUCCAGGUCUCUCUGUUUCAUACAGGUCCUGAUGCAUGCAUCUGUUGGUCCCUGAGACUGUAAAACACAUCAGUGGUGUUAAAUUGCCAACCUGGGCACACGUUUUUUUACAGUGUUGACUGGUCUGCAGUCAGUUCCCACUCAUUUAGCCGAAAAACGCCGCAGUGGCUCAAGUAUCAUGUAUAAAACGACGUCUAAGUAUAUGUGAUUAAAAAAGACUAACAUGUUAAUUUUGGAGUAUAAUCUCAGUGUGAUUCAGUGUUACAGAUAAAAGCUCUACUUUUCCCAAAACACAUGGACGUCACUGUUGAGUACAAAAGUCCAGCUUUAGUUUGGAAGAGUGCUGCUGGAGUUGAUCCUGUUGGUUUUCUUUGUGAAAGGUGAUGAUUGAACUCAGUCAAGGCUGACUUAAACCAGCCUUUUUUUUUGACUCAAUUGAAUAAAAUCUGCAAUAUUUAGUCUUUUCAUAUGCAAAUUGAAAACUCAGUGACUCGUACAUGAGCCCUUUUUACAUUGCCAGUUCACAACGGCGCUGUGGCCUGAUAACUGAUGUCCCAUUGUGCUAUGACCCUGGAAGCAUUCAGCGGGAGCUUUGCAAAUACAUGCUCAUAAUUAUAAUCAUACUUGUAAUGGAUAAAACACGCUAACUGAAAGAAACUUGAGCACCUCCGUUCUUUUUAAAAAUGUGAAAAUGUGGGCACAAAGGUCUAAGAUAUAUUUCUGAGCAGUUUCUCUUAAACAAAUUUGAAAAUUGAGAUGUAAGAACAACAGCGAAAAAGUCAUGUGUGUGAGGCACUCCAUGCCGUAUUUUUCAGAAGAUGAAGAAAACAAAGCAAAAUGGUACUGUGUCUUUAAAUAAAUCACACCUUUGUUUUGAAGCGGUAAAUGAAAGGCAGAGAAGAUCUAAUUUAGGAUAUUGCUUUCCCCUGGAAACACAUAAAUGAGUUGAAACAGAGCACGCUCUUUGGCUCUGUAGUUUUAUGAAGCAAACUGGGCCCAUCUGGUUCUGAGGGGCUUAAAACAAACAGAAUUUAUUGCAAACACUUUUUGAAUCAUGGCUGAAGAAAAGAAAAAAGCUCUCAACACCACAUGUUUACAGCACGCUUGAGUGUUUUUACAAAGUAGUUCUGCCUCUUUAAAAAAACGCUGCGAGUAUUAAAUAUUGGCUCGUGACUGUGUGUAUACUUUCAACAGCACGAUCAACAUGAUGUAUCCUAUUACUGCAUGCUCACCGCCACAGCCUAGCUUACCCAGGGGGAUCAUUAAAGGGGCGUUAAGUGAUGUGUGUACUCAACUAGUCGAGAUUACAACAACAUGGCUGACCUUUUGCUCUGGCUCAGAGGACGGACAAAUCACCACUACUCGCCCUCGAUGCCGAAAGCUUGUUAGGUAUAGAUUUAGUCACAUUUUAACAAGAUGAGAAGUCACAGAGUAGAGAGUGUAACUUUAUUCCUGUGAGGACUUCUUACCCAUAUCAGCUUUAUAUUUCUCUUUAUCAUGCAGAUCACCUGAAGUCCCUUUUAGAUGAUCAUUUUAUCUUGUGCACAGAACUUCUUAUAUGUGCACAUAAGAUGAGAUUUGAGGGACAUUUUAGGUCACGAAUCUCAGCAGGUGAUUUUUUGUUUCAUAUCUAAUCGUAAAAUUAAAUGUCAUGAUCCUACAAGCGCAGUAAUAAUAAUGACUUGACAACAGCAAUGGGGAAAACACAAAGAGAUGAAACAACAUCCAUCCGUCUAAAUUACAUCUUAUUCUUAUUUUCAGCUCUCAGAAGCCAAGACACCCGAGUGAUUGAGGAUGAGGGGAACGAGGAGGAUGAAACAGAUGACGUUUCGAGCACAGCGGGGCCUCAGCUAGCAGGUAGUGUCACCGAGAGAUCCAACAGCACCUCCAACGGACACUCCUCUCAGAUUCUCUACGUGAUCACGUCCAGCCCCGGUAAACCAGGGCCCAACAUGCCAGGUCAGUGGGCUGGACGCGGCGAGACCACCGGCCACAGCGCUAGUAUGUUAACACCCAUGAUACUCUGCACCCACUGUACCUCUCUCCACCUCUGAAGGGAUGUCGUAGCAGGUUUCUUGGCUUACAGCUCCCUCUGAGCAUGACCUGAUUUUUGUAGAAGUAAAAAACCAAAAAAAAAUCAUCUUAGUUUGAUGAGAGGCUUCAGCCCAGAGUGACUUCCUGUGAUCAUCCACAUGCUCCCAGACGCUUGUUAUUUUUCCUGUCAGUGACUCAGAAAACUGAAGUUCCUUCGGGUUUCCCUGCUGAUCACAAUCAGGCCUCUUGUCAGAGCUACGCAGGUGGACUGACGUGUUCCUUUCUCACUUUUAUAGAAAUGUUAUUCCCCCCAAACUCUGAGCGCUCUGUCUCUAAAGGCUUUCAGAUGUGUUUCUCAACCUAAAACGAACAGAUGUGCAGUGAUAAAGCACUGCCAUUUCUCGUCAGUAUUCUGGCUGAACACUGUAACAGGUGUGCUAGCAGUGCUUGAGUAAUUCUUCGCUUGCUGAUCGUCUCGAUGUGUUUCUGUAUGACUUCAUUAGCCUGGUUUUAUAUCUUGAUUUCUUUAUUGUUUCCUUGUUAUAGUGUGGACCAUUUACGCUCUGGCUGCUCUCCUCAUCCUGACAGUUAUAGCCAUGGUGGCAAAGCUGCUGCUGCAUAUCACAGUCAAGUAAGUAGGAGGAUGUUGGAGGCGUGAGUGACCACCGCGUAUCACAUUUUAAAGCAUUUAAUCACAGUUUUUUACCUAUAAUGGUAAUAAGUUUGUUUAUUUUGUAAUUUGAUGCUCAAUCGUCACAACCUUUGUUUACCAAACAGCAAAAUAUUCAAGCUGAAUAGAGUCAAAUCCACCAAUAACCCUCAAUAUAAUUUUCGCUCUCAGGUCCCCAAACAUCCCGACGGUGAGCGGUUCGGACAGUUGCAGCCAAAGCACGGCGUCCUCCGAGCCUUGGAUCAUCCUUUACCGGCCCUCCACCAUCUCCCUCUUCAAAAAGAAACUAAAGAACCACCACGGAGACCUCAGCCCCCUGGUGGGUAACUAGCGCCAUUUGUGCGCCCGCUGAUAACCAAAAGCUACCGCCACCCACAACUACUCUGCACAAGGGCCGUCAGAAGCCUGGCCCUCAGACAAUGAAACUCAAUGAGGCACUGUGCUAACAAGCCAACAACUGAGCGGCUAAUGACAACUGACUGAGUGACUGCUACUAAAUGGCCCGUUGGCCAAAGUGGCUGCACCCUCCCAUCCUACUCUGCAACAAAGAGGAGGGAGGGCAGGCAGGGCUGUCAGAGGACUUAAUGUGGGACAGGACAGCAAAGGAGUAGAUGGAGGAGGAUCUGCAGCUCUGAUUCAAAGACGCUUUUAACAUGCGGGAAGCUUUGCUGCUCCAUCGAGGCUCGGUUUCCAUCACCCACAGAUGUCCCUAACACUCAACAUACCUCCAGAAAAAAACCUUCCAGACUGCAGGCUCACCAGAGAAAACACAUCAUAACUGGAUUCAGAUAAUUCACCGUCUGUUUUUAAGUGUGAGACCCUUGGAUUUGCCACUUUUGGGUGUUUCACAGUCACUGGUAAUCUUCAUCAGUAUCAAGGGAGACGAUCAAGAAAUGGAGUCUUUGAUACACUCGCUCAUAGUAACAGUUUUGUAUAACUCUUCUUCAAUCUGCCUCAUGUGGACUAUGAACUCUCACAGCCAAAAACCAGGACCCUCCCAUCCAAAGAGUCAUGUAUUUAUUUGUCUUUUUGAUUCCAUAUGCAAAAUCUCCUUGUGUCGUGUUUCAUGUGAAAAAGGGGGCAAAAGGACACAGAAACGUCACAUGAUGGUAGAUUUGACAGCACUUUGGGGAUAAAUCACUCACCGUAAUGUUGAAAAAGAAAAAAACAGAUAAAAGAGAGUGCACUCACCCACUUGUUCACUCAGCCUCAUGUGGAUUUGAAUGGAGAGGAGAAGUAGCAUCACAUACACUCGGGGGGUUGGGUGGCGCAGUUUGCAGACAAACUGCCAUUUAGGGAGGCUUGGGAAGAUCUGAGGGCUUUUUCUGCUCGGUUGUGGGUGGGAGUCUUUCCGGUUUGAUGGUGUUCAAGUGCCUUAAGGAUCUCCUCUUUGCUUGUCUCAGAUUCCUCACAUCUGUUUCUCCGACAAAGCGAGCUGGGGUCCCUCACAGGAGUCUUUAGGAUCAGAGUUAUAGUCCAGAUAACCAGAUUUCCACCACUGAGAUGUAAAGGAAAAACGAUGCCACAGUUUGUACAGUGAUGGGAAGUGUUUAUUUUUAGUUUUUUUAGACAUGGUACACUCAACUGAACACCUCUCCAGUCUGGAUCUUUAUGUUUUUGUUACAGGGUGAACUUUCAACGAUUCAUUUUUGCUCCAAAAUGAACACAGAGCAUUUUUUUUUCAGAGUAGAGCUCUCCAUGUUGUAAACACAGCUUUAAAAGAAAUGUUUGUUUUUUUAUUUUCUUUGUGUGCUCUUAUGUGUAGUCUUGGACAUUUACUGAACAUAUUGUUCACAUUAAGUUGUCUUUUGAUUACAAGGGAGGGGUGAAUAUUAUUGUAUAUUAUGUAAUUCAAUGUGGGAACAAUGAUAUUUAUGUCCUCUCUUUCAUUUUGUGUCUCGGCAUAGCAUAUGAAACAUCCGUCAAAGUGCUUUCGUCAACUUGGCCCAAACGUGGGAUACAGUUUUUCCCUUCCUAAGACGGCAAUAAAUCUCAGAAAUUCAAUGAGACGCUGCAGACCUGGAAGCUUUAACAUGUCACCUUGAUUUCAGGCCAAAAGGUUGAACGCCCACAAUAAACCCGGACAGAUUUAUAAACGAGAGUCAGCGGUGCUAUACUCAACCUGACAGCAGGUUUGCAGCUGUGAUGGUUUUUCUGUGCAUAGCUAUGGCAUUUAAACGACUUAUGAAAGGUCAGACUCUCCUGGUCCACCAUUGGCAUAGCAAUUGGCUUUUCCCUGUUGUGGGGCUGGAUGUCAGUGAGGGUCCUACAUCACGAAAUUUGCCGUAAUCAUUAGUGCACUUAAAUAUAAUUUCAAAACAAAACAGUACUUAAUCAUUUUAGCAUUUAUUGUUAGUGGACAGAAAAAAAAGGUCAAAUGCUUUUUCAGCAGCAACCUGAGCACUUCAAAGCAACAUCUCCCAACUAACUGGGUUAAUAUGCAACAAGUUAGCAACAUUACUGGGUGUAAAGUGGGCAUAUCUUGAGUCUGAGUCCCUCAGAAGUAAAGGUGGAAAAGGUUCACAGCUUAGAGACUGAGAGCAGAUUGAGUGAAACUGCAAAGAUUUUAAGGAUUUCAUCAACAGCACAUAAAAUCAUUUGUUUUUUGAGUGUUCCCUGUGCAAAAGUGACAAGAGUGAUAACUCAUACUGGAAGGCAGUGAUCUUAAAACCCUUUCACGGACUCUGACUCUGACUCUGUCGUGGAACUCACCACAUGGGCCCAAAACACUUUGUCCAUGAACACAGUUAGUUGCCGAUUCCACAAAUUUGUGUUAAAACUGUGCCAUGCAAAGAGGAGACCAUGUGUAAGCAUGGUCUAGAAAUGUCAGUAACUUCUCGGGACCCCAAACCCAUUUAAGGUGUACUGAAGAGGAAAACUUUGGAAGCCGUGCAUACUGUGUCCUCCACUCUAAAUAGGGCAGAUUAUAUGCAGGUUUUGGGGCAACAUAAUCCAGCAUCCAGACAAGAGAAGACCCUAUAUAAGACAGCAAGAAGUUGCCAAAUCGCAUAUUACAACAGCAUGGCUCUGUAGUGGAAGAGUCCUGGUGCUAAACUUGCCUGCAUGCAGUCCCCAGAUUUUCAGUUUCAAUAAUGGAUAUGUGUCUUUGCUCUUUUCAAUUAAAUAUUGGAUUUAAAUGAUUUGCAAAUGCCCAAAAUCUGUUUUUCUGAACAUUUAACACAACAUUCCGACACUUUGCUCUUAGUUUGCAUCUUUUUAACAGUUUGUCCCAAAAAGUGAAACUUUGUUCCCGAAUAAAGUUUAUAAUAGUGUGACUUUGUGCCAUUGCCGCCCGCCUGCUCAACUGUAACUUAUGUUAAUUAUUGCAAGACAAGAGCACAUGCCCCUCGGUCUGUGAUGUUCAGAGCAGGCCAUGCGUACAGCGGGAGGGAGAGAGAAGGGGAGGGGAGAAACGAGUGCCUGGAUGUGAGAGCGAUAGCAAAUUAACGUGCGACCAAUUCAAACACAAGCUAACGAAAUCUGACAGUUUAAAUCUAACAAGGGCAUUUUUGUUUGGAUAGCCCAGUGAAUUAUGCAAACUCACAUUUUCUGUCCCGUCCCGCAGUCUAUCGGAAAACUCUACACUGUCUCCUAAGCUGUGGAAACAGUCCCUCACCCCAAACUGGAGUUGAUGUAGUGCUCAAUGGCGUGAACACAACACAAGAAACCCUGUGGGAAAUGAUCUGGAGGGGUCAAAACAUUGUUUUUUUCAUGAAAUUGUAAAUAUCAAAAUAGUGAAAUGUUUAAUUUAUACAGUAAAUUAUUGUUAUUUUGUAUGUGAAUGGGAUAUAAUCUAUCUUUUGUAUAAGUGAAGUAUCUUUGUAGUUUUAUUUAAUGUGUCCUGGUUGCAAAAUAAACACUGUAUGCAUGUUUCUUAA